CCAAGUCCAAAGCCCGAUCGAAAGAAGCGUAUUUCACCUGACAGUCCUCCUUUGAAAUCCCAUCGUGAACCGAGGACCCCAAAAGGUAAGACAGAUUUCCACCUCCUUCCACAGGUUAGGCGCAAUGACGCCUCUCCGAUGGAGUAAACAGGAACGCCUGGGAUAGAGUGCGAGCCACGGCACAAGUCUUUCCGGCCUCACUGGCAUCCUCUCCCUGAGGAACGUCUCCCUGAGAGGCUUUUCACCUCUUAAAACAGCGGACGGCUGGCUCAGCCCCACUACACUGGGAGCAAACAUGUUUAAACCUACAACUGCUGUACCCUCUGCAGUGGCUCUCGUUAAAGAGCCAACAGAUGCCCUUCUUGUGACCUGCCGACGCUCCUCCGGAAGUGCCGGAAAUUAAAAUGCCGAAGGACGACAGGGAUUAAUGAGAAGCAACCACAGGUUGCCAUCUUGCACACAGAAAUCCAGGUUUGGCCUAACCGUCAUUUUAUUUAUUUUUUUCUUUCUUUAUUUUUUUAAAUUGCUGAUCGUAUUUAAACCAGCAUUGCUCCCCGUACACCUUAUAAGCACCCCAAAUCAAGUCCAAAUAUAAAAACAGCGACAGGGCCUUUUUCGGAAACCUAGCUGAUAGGAUGCUAGCAUAGGUAGCAAAUCCUUGCAACCAAUUCCCAAAGGUAUGGGGUAGAUGCUUACCUUUUCUCCCUCAGCUGCGUCACACCGACGCAGUCUAUCCGCUGACUUCUUGUCAAAUGGGACCAAGGAAAAUAGGUCCACAUACUCACCCUUAAGUAUCUUUUCUCUCACCUCCAAAGACACAUGUAACUGCAGGGAGGCAAUGUCACAGACAGGUACCCCUGAAGUACUCACCUCACCUGUACCUGAAGAGGAAGGCCCAGAGGGAAGUGCGGAGCCCUGCACGUCACCCAUUGCCCCAACGGUCCCCGCAGGCACCAACCGGCCAAGCACUAAACACAGCAAUUGCACCAAUUCUCCUUGACCCUCCCCCACUAGCCCUCAGUCCCCCCUAACUCCUGCCAAGCACAAGCGCACUCCAACUCACAGUUCAGGAGAAGGGGUUUCUCUAUCCCAGGUGCCAAUUUCGGUCCUUCUUGCUGUUCCGCCAGGGGUGCGGUGGCUCACACCCCAGGGAGUUCCGGUCCGUCCAUGCUGAGCAUGUGGAGGGGAAUCCUGCGUCCCUCCCUGGGGCUCCAUAGCCUCCAGUCCAGAAGCCGGUGAAAUCCUCCGCCAGCCCGUUACCACCCACUGGCCUGCCCCACUCCCCCGAUUUCCCAGUCCAAGGCGCUAUGGAACUUACAGGUUCAGCGGGGACCUCUGACAUCUGCUUUCCGGGACAUGCAUAGGUCACGUACGCGCCACCCGAGUUACGGCAGCGGCACACCGCCUCCUCCUGCGUGCGGCGGCACGCGUUGACCUCACUUCCGCAGCCACCGGAAAAGAACGGUGAGGACUGCGGGUCCUCACUUCGCCUCAGGCGCCAUCUUGGGGACCGCCCAGCCUGGCCACCUUGACUUCCGCAGCACCUGCUACCAUUCCUGCGCCUUGUGAUGCCCGCAUCCUGCCACCUGAAACCAGCCUCACUCGGCACCAGACCCUCUGGCGAUACCCCGACCCUGGACCUCCGCACCGGAAUAGGGGAUAGUCUGGAAUGGCAGGCCUGACGUCCACUCCUGGUCUGCACCUGAUGCACCAGCCCCUCCUGAGCAGCCUGCUCGCCCUGGACACUGUGGAACAGCGAGUUGAAGGAUUCAGCCCCAUGGGUUCUCUGGAAGGCCUGCAGUAGAGUAAGCAGGGCCUCCCUAGACACAGCAAGGGUGUGGGCCAGCCUAUACUCUAUCAGUAGAAGGUAAAAGUAAUUUCUACCUAUUUUUUUUUUUUUUUAGGGGAAACAGCACUGCCAGGUUCCCUCAGGGAGGGAAACUCAAUUUAAUAAAGUAAUUUUUACAGAGACUACCAGAGGAAAGACACUUAGCAGGCUCCCUCUGCAUUGUUCAUCAGUAGUCUGGUCAUUUUCCCCAGGAUUCCCUGCUUUUCCCUGUAAAACCAACUGUAUCCUUUUGGUUGCUAUGCCAACCCCUCAGGGCAGCAGUCAUGCUCCCCCCUCCCUAUUCGCUCCGGGGGUAUUGGCCUUUACUACAGUCGGGGAGGGUGGAGGAAUGAAUGGACUAAACCAUUUCACUGUUAGUUAUACAUUAGCAGUCCAGAGAUUCAUAAAGAUUGCUUUAGUGGUUUUACACAUCUUUUAUCUUAGAAAUAUAUGAUUUAACUGUAUUUAUUGUAUGUGGGCAUUCAUGUCACAAAUAUAUUUUAUAAAGGAUGAACAAAUUAAUGAAAAGUAUAAAUUGUGUAAAUUUACAUAAUUUUAAUUAUUAUGUUUGUCUGCAAAACAAGCUAUACACAAAAAAAUUGCCUUGUCAUGAUAUAUAUAUGCAAGCUAUGCCUUCCUUAUGUCAAACAAAUUAUAUGCUAAGAUUUUUUCUAAUCAAAAAGUGCUCGGUGAUGAAGAGGUUACAGAAGGGAUACAAAUUAUAUAUAUUGUUAUGUUAUUAUUAAUAUGGCACCAACAAAUUCCGCAGCGCUUUACAAUGGAUGGACGAACGGACAUGUAGCUGUAACCAGACAAGUUGGACACACAGGAACAGAGGGGUUGAGGUCCCUGCUCAAUGAGCUUACAUGCUAGAGGGAGUGGGGUAAAAUGACACAAAAAGGUAAGGAUAGUAUUAGACUAGUGACAAUUGCAAAAGAGGAAUCAGUCAGGAGCUAUUAACAGUUUAAUUGAUACGCUUUUAUGAAGAAGUGGGUUUUUAAUGAUUUUUUUGAAGGAGUGGAGACUGGGUGAGCAUCUAACGGAGGAGGGAAGCCAGUUCCACAGGAACGGUGCAGCCCUCGAGAAAUCUUGAAGGCGAGCAUCAGAGGUGGGGGUACGGACAGAAGAUAGACGUAAGUCUUCAGCAGAGCGUACGGGCCUAGACGGGACAUACUUGUGUAUAAGGGAGGAUAGAUAGGUGGGAGCAGCAUUAUGUAGAGAUUUGAAAGCAAGAACCAGAAUUUUAAAUUGAGUCCUAUAUCUUACAGGACGCCAAUGUAGGGACUGACAGAAGGGUGAGGCGUGGGAGGUGCGGGUGGACAUAGAUUAGAGGGAUUUCCUGCUUUCGUGCAUUUGUCUAUGUUCGGGGAAGUUUCCUCGAACAUAGACAUGCGAACCAGAGCAGGGAAUCCCCACGACUGCUCGCACUUACACCUGGUCGUAAGUGCGAGCCGGCAUAAAACAGGUAGGUCGCUAAAUAAAGACCACCUGUACUUGAUAUUAUGAGCUAGCUAGCAUUAUAUGAGUCUAUAAUAGAAAUUUGACAAUUUAACCACAUUUUGAAACCAUUAUGUCUCUUCUUCCUUUGUUUCAGUGUGUCUAAAUAUUCAUCCCCUGUUUGUACAAUGAACAAAAUUAUUUUUGCAUAAACUAUAUAAAGCGCUCUAGAUAAGAGCAGCAUAUAAGAACUGUAACAUAAAUAAAAUAAAUGUCUAUGCUGUGCCAAUAGCACUGCUUAUGGGAUAAGCUCAACAGUGCUAUUGAUUCUUUAUUCAUAAUAAAGAAUAUAGAAUAAUUAAACAGAGAAAAAAAAAAAACAACAAAAACAGUGCUAUUGAAAGUAAACUGACUGAUCAGACAUAAUUUCAUGGUUUGACAAGAACUCACUGCAGAUCCUGCACAGUCUUGUGAUUUGCAGCAAAUGUAUGCAUUUCAAACAUGAAAUCAUUUUUUUAUUUUAAAUUGUAAGUUCAUUAAGGGUCCUCAACAACCAAUUGUUCCUGUAAAAUUUUGUAUUUGUCUCAUUUCUUUUUGAAUUUUUCCCAAAGUGCAGCAGAAUAAGUUGGUGCUCUAUAAAUGCCAAUAAUAAUAAUUAUAAUAAUAAUAAUUAUUAUUAUUUUGAAUUUAUUGUUUUGCAUAUUUGUAUGCUCUAAGAUUAUGCAAAAAAUAAAGUAAAGUGAAAAAUCCAAUCUGGAGUGACUAUUUAACCUCACCACACCUUUGAUCACUAGGUAAUUGCACAAUGUUUGAGUGUGAUGUUGCAACUCAAUGGAUGGUAGCUAUGUGGCGGUGUAGCUUUAAGGUUUAUAACGAGGGCUGUCCCUUUAAUAGGCGGAGAUACCAAGAGUGUACUAUAAUAGCACGGGGAAGCCUGAUGCCAGUGUGACAGACACAGAAGCACACCCACCCAGGCUGACAGAGUGGUCAGAGGCGGAAGAGGGGGACACAAGCCCAGGUUCCAGAAUGAGUGGCAGAGUGGGUGACCUGAGCCCCAAGCAGCAGGAGGCCCUGGAGAAGGUGAGCCAUGACUCAGAAUGCACAGCAUCACUACCCUGAGACACAGCAUCAUUGUGUGAAGUCCUUCCCUGAACACACUGUACUCACUGUUACAUGUCACCAUUCCCUGGGCAGAUUGCACAAAUACUGCACUAUUACUCCUCCAUCUAAAUAGACACACUGACUGUACUAAACCUGAGCAUCCCUCUUAGCUGUCUGCAGAUUACACAGCAAUUUUUAUGUAACCCUUUCACUAUCAACAUUACAUACAGUACUCUGAAUUACACAGACACUAAUUUAUCUAAUUUAUUUCUGUAAAUUAAUAACUCUUAAUUAAACCACCACAUUCAUUGACAAGAUGCAAUGAUUCCAAGCCCAAUAUUAAGUAUCAGAGAAUAUCCUUUAUAAGAUGGCAUUAUAAAUGUGAGCCAAGGUACUGACACCAGGGAUGUUAUAUCUUAGCUACAACCAGCAACAAAAACGUUAUUAAUGCAUAGAUAUCAGAUAUUCCUAGCGAUGUCAUUGAUUCUUUAUGACCAGAGACCUACAACAUAUAAGCAUAAGAAUUAGGGAUAGACCGAUUAUCGGUCCCACCGAUUAUUAGAGCCAAUAUUAAUCAUUUUACCGAUAUUUGGUAUUGGCCUUUAAUUUACCAAUAUCACUGAUGACUUACUUCUCCCAGUCACCACACACAGUCUUAUGCACCUCUCUAGCCACCAGAUCAAUGGAGCGCCACGUUGUGACAUCAUGUCACCACUUUCUCUGCGUCCCUGCAUGUGAAGCUCAGCUGAAAGCAGGCAGGUGAGAUUGUGAAUAAUCUACUGGGCUGGCUGACAGAGUCAAAGAAGUGUGAUUGCUGUCAGCAAUCAUACUCCUAUCAGUAACUGCACUGUACAUGCUCGGAUCUCACUGAUCCCAGCAUGUACUGGCUGCCUGAGAGCGAUAGGAGUGUGAUUGAUGUUAUCAUGUUCAGUUAAUGCCAGAUUUGUGUAGAAUUGUGUUAGUUUUCCAAAACUUUAAAUGUACGGAAUAUCAGCACCAGUUAUUAGCAGUUGGCCAGAAAGACGACCGAUUAUUGUCAUCAGCUCUGAAAAAAUGAUAUCAGUCAAUCCCUAAUAAUGAUGUUUAUUUUAGUUAAUGUUCUUAAUGACAACUUUUUUUUUCUACUUUUCUUAGCAUGUCCAUUGCAUGGACAAUAUAGAACGUAUUGUAGCAAUUACAAAAAAUAAAGACAUACACACCCAUUUCAAUAAUAAUAUAACCAAAAUAGAAUAAGCCUUAAGCUUAAACCAAAACAGUCUGCCAUGAGAGCCAUAUUGUUAUUGUUGCAUCUAUGUCCACCCCCAAAAUUGGAGGCAACCUUGCCCCUUGACUUAAAGUGUACGACAGAUAAUUGGGAGAGUGGGUGCUUGUCCAGAUAAGCUGAGGGAAAAGGUCUAGCCUGCCAAAAAUGUUGCCUAUAUAUAACUAUAGUGUUGCAGGAGCUUGAAAAAUCAGAUUAUCAGUAAAAAAUGCUCUAUACUUGACCCUACCUAAACUACCUGGCCUACAUGAUCUAAACUUGAACUGUUCACUAUGUCCAGCAAUAGGCAGUUACAGCGCUAGUUAUAAUGCCAGCACUUUGCAAGAUUGCAGAGAAGGACGGAGACAAUUGGCCGAGUUCUGAACCAAAACAAAACCUGUGAAGCAGGCCCUGAUGAUGCCAAAACUAUGGAGGACUGGCAGCGACUGCCAUCCCGCACAACCGCCCAUGACACGUAAGACACCCUGAGGUGCAGGUAUGCAGGGCUGCAUUCCCAUGUUAAGCUUGGCCCAAAAGACAGCAAAUAUCCUGUCCAGGUUGGUCAUGGUACAAGAUGGCAGACCAUGUGAGUCCGAAGGCUUACGGCACUAGCCAUAUUAGGGACGAUGGUGCCCCUUAUGGUUGAUCACUGAGGUCUCUAUAUCUGUAGUGAGUAUACUGUUUGUGCAAGAUAUCCCUCAAGAGUAGAGGGGGGAGGAUAUCAGAAGGUGUGCGAUAGUUUCAGACUCCGGUUCCAGGGAACUAUGGGGGGAGAGAUUGGUCGCCUCUUCCGCACCCAUACCACUAUCUAAGCUGGAAAACUAUCCAAAUGUCAAUACUGCUUGAAGAAACUCUGUGAUGCCCUAACUCUACUCCCACUAGAGCACUGUUAAAUUGGGCAAGUAUACACCCCAGGCAGCCUAGCAAGUAAACUACAAAAAGGACUAUUUGAAGUGAGUUCUUUUUCAUGUCAGUCAGGCUACAAGAAGUAGCGGGAGGAUCAAUUUGGCACAGGGUGCAGACGGCGCCAUUUGGGGUGUACCAGAGGUCGGACUCCGGAGUCGCAUACUGGCAGCGGCAAUGUGAGUGGAGUCUGCUUGUUGGCUAGAGGGGGCUACUGGGAUUUAGUAGAGGGGGAGGAAUGAGAUUUAGUAAAUGGGGGGACGGACUGGGAUUUAGUAGAGGGGGUGCUGUGGUUUAGUAGAGGGAGAUGCUAGGUUUUUUUUAUACUGUACUUUUCAAAAUAAACCUAAGUUUCUAUGAAAACAGCCUACAUAAACUUAAACCUUGUUUAUGUGGCCCGUGCUAGACUUUGAGUUUGACAUGCUUGGUGUAGAGUCUUUCCUAACUACUCUUUUGUAGCAGAUGCUACACUUUUUCUGGGGUGACUUUUUGGUGGCUGUGGUGGGGAUUCUUUGCUAUUUUUGCCAGGGGUCAGCUUUUUGGGGAAACCUUUCCGGUUCUUCCGCACUGUGCCACAGACUGCGGUAUCAAAGUAAAAUACAUUUUUAAAUAAAUCUAUGCUGCCAUAAAAGGAUCUAGCCAUAGAUGAUAUCCCUUAACAGGAGGAAGAGAAUCUAUUCAAUUUUGCUGUUUGCUCCCAUAGAAUCAGGGCAGCCUGGUGGAUCUAAUUGACCAUUUUAUCCUGCAAAAAAUGCAAAAUGCCCAGGUAUACCCAGUGCUGCAUUCACACAACGUAUUCAAUUUUAUUCCAUAGCGAGCCCGCUUGUAAAACUGCCAACAAUGCUCUUUCUGCCUCUCUCAUAUCAUUGGCUGUGUAUCAGUGAUUGCGGUGAUUUCCUGGGUUGCCAGGCGGUCCCCCCGAUCGGAUUCCACAAGGUCAGUAUGACAUCAAGUCUACUGUGGUGCACCCCAAGUUGAUCAAGUAUUCCCUUGGCUGAAGCACUCUUGCAAAACAGCCAUUGAAUAUUUGCCAAAUGUUCUACAUUUGCCAUGUUAGUCCUAUGCCUUGGGCUAAUGUCCCAGCAAUAAUUUGUUUUUGGACCUGACCUGCAUUUCAUCUGCAGAACUACUGUGGGCUACUACAGGGAAAUAUGUGUUCUCUUUAUUUCUGUGUGUGUGUUGGUAUCUAUUGAUAUGUAUUUAUCUGUGUGUCAUUGCGCAUGUAUUGGUGUUUGUGUGUCUAUGUAUAUCUGUAUGCAUACUUGCCACAAAGUAUCCCUUUCUGCAUUUACACCGUUGAUUUACACUUUGGGGCAAAUUUAUGAAAGUGUUCCAAAAACUUGUGCAAAGAUGUAAAAGGGAGGAGCCAUCAAUGGAAUGUAUCUGCAGGUUCCACUGGUUCCCAUGGUGACUUCACCAUUUUAGUAUUUUUCACUAUUUUCACAACAAUUUGAUAAAUCUCUACCCCUUUCCAACCUAUAACUCAGACUCCUGGUAAUUUCAAAAUUAAUUAACAAAAUCUGGUUCUUAUAGGUGUGAGCAAGGGUUGUACUCAGGCACAUUGUCACUGUUGCUAUUUUGCUCUCUGUUACCACUUUUGCGAGUUUGGGCAAUUUUUUAUGUUUAAAGGAACAGUAUAGUGUCAGGGAUACAAACGUGUAUUCCUGACACUCUAGGUCCAAAUAGCUCUUUAGGCCCCCAGAUCCCUUACCUCCAAUUAAAAAGAUGAUUUACUGGCAAUUUUACAGCACUGAGGUCCGCUUUUGGCUGCCCACACUCUUCUCCCAUGGCUGAGAUAAUCAAACUUGAUGAUCUCAGCCAAUCCAAUUUUUUUCUAUAGGAAAGCAUUUGGAGGCUAUCGCGCAUGUGCAGCAAAAAUGCUGCUCUGUGCCAAUCAGCAUCUCCUUAUAGAGACUCCGUGCAUCUCUAUGGGAAAAGUUUAGCGCCUCCAUGCAGAGCGUGGUGCAGCACGUUGUGCAACAAUGACCCCAUAAGCACCUCUAGUGGCCGUCUGGAGGUGUCCCUAGGCAGUAAUGUAAACACUAGAAAAGGCAGUGUUUACAGCAAAAAGUCUGCACAGACUGAUGAUACUCACCAGAACAACUACAUUAAGCUGUAGUUGUUCUGGUGACUUAAGUGUCCCUUAAAUGUUUAUGUGAAAACUAUGUUUUUUUUUGUUUGUUUUUUAAAUUAGCAUUUGGUAGCUAAAGUUUAAAUGUAUUCUCUGGGUGCACACCCUAAUGUAAUGUACUGUGCACACCUGUGCUGGUUUAUUUAUUUGCACAAACUUAAGUGUUGGGCAAGGUUUUCGUUGCAUAAAAUACAUGUGGCUAGCUUUCUUCAUUUUCUUCUUAGUCAAAGUAAGUCAAUGUGGUAAGUAGAUUUAUAAACUUUUUUAGUGUUGAUGUGUGAGUUUUAACUGGGGGUUCAGUUGGUGUGAGAGGGAAGAAGUUAAAGGGACACUAUAGUCACCAGAACAACUACAGCUUUAUGCAUUUGUUCUGGUGAGUAGAAUCAUCCCCUUCAGGCUUUUUGCUGUAAACACAGUCUUUUCAGAGAAAAUGCAGUGUUUACAUUACAGCCUAGUGAUAACUUCACUGGCCACUCCUCAGAUGGCUGCUAGAGGUGCUUCCUUAAGCAGUCCUGCCUAAUGUGCAGCACUGCCAUUCAGUGUCUCCACCCUCUGCACGCAGACAAUGAAUUUUCCUCAUAGAGAUGCAUUGAUUCAAUUCAUUUCUAUGAGGAGAUGCUGAUUGGCCAGGGCUGUGUUUGACUUGUGCUGGCUCUGCCCCCGAUCUGCCAGUCGUAUGGGAAAGUAUUGUGAUUAGCUCAGACCAACACUUCUGAUGAUGUCAGCAGACGGGCAGAGGUAGCAGCUGCAGACUUGAAUACAAGUAAGAUUUUAGUAUAUAUAGAGAAGCAAGGGGUGGCCGGGAGGCUAGAUGGUGUUUUUUUGGUUUUGUAUUCUUUAUUUUUGUUGUGCGUAAAGAUAUAACAGUUGCAUGUGAGGUACCCCAAAGGCAAUCCUCCAGCGCAUUAAAACAGUUAAACAUAGAGGUACAUGAUAUAACAAGCACAUUUUUGGGGCUAUAUACAGUAUGGAUUUACAUAGAUAUCAUGAUAUAACGUGGAAUUGUUAACGUUGGAACCUUGGCUUUAGUGUAGGUUGCUUUGUACGCUGAGAAUCAGAUCAUGUUACAAGUCGAGUAUUGAGCAGGCUGAUACAAAAGAAAGGAUGUCACACUCUGAUAAUAAGGCACAAGUUUGGACUAGCGUGUCUAGUGGUACUAGUGAGAGUAGGCUUCUGUGUUAUGCAGGUAAGUUCCUAGGCAUGUAGCUACAAAAGAGGUUAUAUGGUAAUGAGACAUUUACAGGCUAGGCACAUGUUACAACUACCUCUGUCACAGUGGGCUACCUGAGAUCUGUGCAGAUUAACGAUCUUAGCAUUGCAGGUUUAGUAUGUAAGCUAACAUGUUGCAGGGUACAUUCUUGUCUAGUCAUCUGAAGUAAGAACAUUUGAACUAAACAUAACAUAAGAGUUCUGUGUAUAUAGUCUAUCUCUGCUUGAGAAGUUUAUAUUUCAGUAAUAACAAUAUGGCUUGUGGUGCCACAACAGUAGGUAAAGUUAUAGUAAUAACAGACAAUGUAUAAUAUGAUCAUGGCUUGUAGAUGAACUGCACAUUUUUUAUAAUAUUAAAGGACCACUCUAGGCACCCAGACCACUUCUGCUGAAUGAAGUGGUCUGGGUGCCAGGUCCAGCUAGGGUUAACCGAUUUUUUUCAUAAACAUAGCAGUUUCAGAGAAACUGCUAUGUUUAUGAAUGGGUUAAACCUUCCCCUAUUUCCUCUAGCGGCUGUCUCAUUGACAGCCACUAGAGGCGCUUGCGUGCUUCUCACUGUGAUUUUCACAGUGAGAGCACGCCAGCGUCCAUAGGAAAGCAUUAUGAAUGCUUUCCUAUGUGACCGGCUGAAUGCGCGCGCAGCUCUUGCCGCGCGUGCGCAUUCAGCCGGGAGGAGAGAAGGAGGAUCGGAGGAGGAGAGCUCCCGCCCAGCGCUGGAAAAAGGUAAGUUUAAACCCCUUUACCCUUUCCAGAGCCGGGCGGGAGGGGGACCCUGAGGGUGGGGGCACCCUCAGGGCACUAUAGUGCCAGGAAAACGAGUAUGUUUUCCUGGCACUAUAGUGGUCCUUUAAGAUUUAUGAAUCAUGGAGUAGAGAUUUUAAAGCUUAUGAUAAAGAUAAACAAGAUAUAUUACUGCAUCCUCAGAUACAUGAGGCAAGAGUCCAAUAGUGCAAGCCAGAUGGGGACUAUGGAUUGCCUGUAGGGUGAUUUUCAGCCUAUGCCUGUUUCAGGCAUCAUUAGUGGAUACUUGAUGUAUCCAUGGAAAGCUUGUUGUUGCUGUCCCUCCACGAGUCUUCCUGUGGCCCAUAUGCGUUCCGGCUUGAUUCUGGUUGUUGUCUGCGCCCAAGAGUUCGUCCUGACAGAAGGUUCAUCUGUUGCGGGUGAGUAUACUUUCCCAGCCUGGACCGGGAUGACCCCCACUGGUCCAGGGGGGGGGUUGCAGGGUUUCACGGUUGUUGCUGUUCAGUGCGGUCCCCGUGUCGGGAAAUCGGCCACCCUUCCCCGCCACGAGGCGCCUUCCAUGCUAGGCCUCAAAUGUGGCGUAUAGUACAUCUCUGCGGAGAGACCUGGAGCAGGUCUCCACGGGCUCCCACUUAAUUCCUCUGAUAGCCACAGUCGUGUGGUGCUGCAGGAUUCACGAUUAGGCCUUAAAAAAGACAAAUUUUCACAGUGAGAAGACUCUGCCAUCCAUAGGAAAGCAUUGAGCAGUUCCAAUGCUUUCCUAUGGACUGAUUGAAUGCACGCGUGGCUCGUGCCGCGCACGCGCAUUCGGCGGCUGACGUUGGAAGAGGGAGAAGAGUCCCCAGCGCUGAGGAAAGGUAAGUGUUUAACCCCCUUGAGCCCUGCGGGAGGGGGGCCAUGAAGGUGGGGUGGACCUAUUAACACUAUAGUGCCAAGAAAACGAGUUUGUUUUCCUGGCACUAUAGUGGUCCUUUAAUUUGUGUACCUCCAAUUUGGUUAUGGGUGUGUGGUAUUCAACACCUUGGGUUUCAGCAUUAGGGUCAUCUUUGGUUGGUCGUGGUUGGGCUUUCAGUAAGCUAUUGCGGUUGUAGUGGUGUUUAGUUAAGGUAGGUGGGAUGGGUGGAGGGGGGGAUAGGGAUGUAGGGUUCGCGUGAGGUUCAGGAAGGGCGGUGGGGUAGGAGGAUGAGAAUGACACCAGAGGAUGUGAGAGAGUGGGAGAGACAGAGGAAAGAAGGAGGGAGAGAGGAAGAAGACAAGAAGUAAAAAGAAAGGGGGGGCUCCAUUUAGUUUCUGAGUUUUUUUUAUAUUAAUUCCUCACCCUAUCACAUAGUUAUUUUUGUGUUGUGAAGUGAAUAGGUUGGUGCCCCCAUUCUGUCUGGCAGAUAGAAUAGGAAGGCAGCCAAAUGUUGGAUGUUAUCCAAGUGUUAAUACAACUGAUUAUCUAAUCAGGCUGGUUGAGCAAAGAAGAGACCUUGACUACUAAGGUCACUGUGUUUAUAACCUCUGUGCCAUCACACACCUGGCACUGGGACAUAGGUUACAGGAUUUUUGUAAUAAGGAUGGAGAGAUGUUAUUCUCAUAUUUCACAUUUUACCAUGUUGCUGAUCUGGUUCUAAACAUAAGCUUACACAGUUAAUAAAGCUUAAAUUUAACUAUUAAGGACACAGCUUCAGAAGCCUGUGCAUUUUUUGCUGUUUGUGUUCAACUGCAAUUUGCAUUUUUCCCAUUUAUUGCACCAACAAAUAUUUCAAACCAUUUUUCAAGGACAAAAAGGGCUUUAAUCUGAUGUGACAUAUACAUAUAGAAAUACUCAUUUAUUACAAAUAUGCACACAAAAAAAUGGGAAAGAAUAGUUAUUACAGUUUUUGCAAUAAUAAUGUGUGCAAAAUAAAUAUGUGCAAAUAAAUGCAUUUAUUUGUCCUGAUUUACAGAAUACAUAAUAUGUCUAGGAGUCCAGUUGACUUUAAUAGUUACAGGUCACAAAAUAAAAUUUCAAUGUGGAACAAUUUUAGAAAUUGGUAUGUGUGUCUAGUAAGCUUAAUAGUCAUCACAGAAAACAAAAUCGGCACACAAAAGUGUAUAUUUAUAAAAUAGACAUCAUAGGCUGUUUAUAUAAGGGUAUUUGGAUACUUUUUAUGUAGCCAUUUCACUGCCAAUCUCUGCUAAAUAUUGUCGGGUUUUUUUUCUGUGUUUUUUUUUUUACAGACAAAUAAGUUUUUUUUCUAAUGUGUAUUUUGUAAAGCUGAUAUGUCUUAUUCCUGUACAAAACUCCAUAUUAUUUUCAGCUACAUCUGGUGAACACAGUGAUACCCUAUUGCAGGGGUAGGCAACCUUUAGCAGCACUAUGCCGAUAUAGGAUUAUGAUGUCCCGUAGCGUGCCGUUCCUAUUUUUUUUAAAUUGAGGUGUGUAUGCUGCCGUAUUUUGCCUGUGUUAUUUAUACUGUGUUACGGUACACCCUGGUAUAAGAGGGGUUAAUACCGCUGAGGACGUUACCUUUCCGAAUGAAGAAGCAGCUAACAGCAGUUCCAAUUAGCCGAACAGGAACCAUACGAAAUCCUUCACGAACCAAACAGCCGAACGAGUAAAUCAUACAAAUCCAAUACCCCCAAGUACGAGACCAAGCUCCGUAUUGAGGAUUAAGCAGAGAUCUGGUUUAUUGAGGGCUACCUGCCCGGUAUUUAUGCAGGUCUCCCACCUGGUGAACACUCCCCUAGGGAACCAGAUGGAAGACUGGGACAAUGUGGAUACGGUAGCCAAUCACAGUGGCACAAGCAUAAACACUCCCCUUUGAUGUAGAUAAACCUGGAGAUAAUUGGGAAGUAAUCAAAUUAUCUCCAUGGAUAGAGGCUAAACUCCAUUUUGUACCUGAACAUAAAAAUACAAUAAAAUCAAUAACUUUACAUUACACGAACAGAAUCCCCAAACUAUACAUGUUAAGAUCCUUUAACCUUUCCUGUAGGAUACAUAUGAAUGUGUGUAUGGGGGCUGCUUGUGGAAUUGUGUGUGUGGAUGGAUAUGUCACAUUGUGUGUUUGGUAGUGUGUGUAUGUGUGGGGCUGUUUGGGGUAUUGCAUGUGCAAGGAUGCAUGUGGGGUUGUGUGCAUGUAUGUGGAUUGUUAGCGGGUUACGUUUGUGCGGAUUGUAUAUAUGUUUGUUUGAGGGCUGUUAGUAUUAUUUGUAUGAGGGGAGGGUUAUUGUGCAUGUCUGUGUAUAUCUAGCAGUGUGGGUGGCUUCCCUGGGUUCCAGUGGGGACCAAGCUGGCCAGGUACAGAUCAAGGACAGGAGCUGCAACAGCAGCUGCAGGCUGCUCUACUACAUUGUGGAUUCCCAUUCACAAGUGUUGGGAGGAAGUGAUCUGAGAUCACUUCCUCUACGUGCUGCAAUGCAUAAAUUGAAGAUUGUCCUUCACCACCUUUUCGUAUUAGCAGAUAUCUGAAGUUUCACUGGGACUCCUGAUAGGCCAGAGCCUGUUUGGCAGUAGCAGCCUUGAGUGCCGUGCAAAGACACCUUGAGUGCCGUACAUGGCACUAGUGCCGUAGGUUGCCUACCCCUGCCCUAUUGUAUGCCUUUGCCACUAUCCUGUGAAGCUGCAAUGCCAUAUAAGGCAGGCUAUUUCACAAAGGCCUAUAUCGUGCCUUAACUUGCCAACAGUUUUUCCACAACUUUAUGUCAAAGUUUGUAAUGGAGAAAAAAAUUGCAUUUUUACAUACAUUGCAUUUUUUCUGGGUAUUUUGAACAUUUGAUAUGUACCACUGUGAUAAAAUCCCCCAAAUUAUGCUCAGUUACAUCUUCUGAGUAAACACUAUGCCUAAUGUAUGACCUAGAAACUAUUUUGUGAAGUUACAGUGCUUUAGAAGAGACAUGACUGUUUUAAGUUUUUAAGACAGUCAUGUUUUCAUAUGUAUGUUUUCAUAUAUGAUGUUGAUGGGGCUAUGUUCCAUUUUGAAGAACAUUGACAGGUUGUUAAUUCAAACUACUCCACAAAAGCCCAUUUCUUAAACAAGACACUCCAUAUUUCAAAAGGUAUAUUUUAAACCUCUGUGUGGGAUCAUCUUUUUACUAGUUUGAGCUAAGUUUAGUGUUAAAGGACCACUCUAGGCACCCAGACCACUUCAGCUUAAUGAAGUGGUCUGGGUGCCAGGUCCUUCUAGGGUUAACCCAUUUUUUUUAUAAACAUAGCAGUUUCAGAGAAACUGCUAUGUUUAUGAAUGGGUUAAGCCUUCCCCCAUUCCCUCUAGUGGCUGUCUCAUUGACAGCCACUAGAGGCGCUUGCGUACUUCUCACUGUGAUUUUCACAGUGAGAGCACGCCAGCGUCCAUAGGAAAGCAUUGAGAAUGCUUUCCUAUGUGACUGGCUGAAUGCGCGCGCAGCUCUUGCCGCGCGUGCGCAUUCAGCCGCAUGGGAGGAGAAGAGGAGGAUCGGAGGAGGAGAGCUCCCCUCCCAGCGCUGGAAAAAGGUAAGUUUUUACCCCUUUCCCCCUUCCAGAGCCGGGCGGGAGGGGGACCCUGAGGGUGGGGGCACCCUCAGGGCACUAUAGUGCCAGGAAAACGAGUAUGUUUUCCUGGCACUAUAGUGGUCCUUUAAUAAGCAUUUUUCAGCCUUUUUGACACUCUGUGAAAUUUUCAUUUUACCAGGUUGCCAAUUCAAACCACCUCACAAACACCUACCAUUUCUUAAAGGACCACUAUAGUGCGAGGAAAACAUACUCGUCUUCCUGGCACUAUAGUGCCCUGAGCGUGCCCCCACCCUCAGUGUCUCCCUCCAGCCGGGCUGGGGAGAGGAAGGGGUUAAACUUAACUUUCUCCAGCGCCGGACGGGGAGCUCUCCUUCUCCUCUCCUCCUCUUCGUCUGAAUGCGCAUGCGCGGCAGGAUCUGCGCGCGCAUUCAGCCAGUCUCAUAGGAAAGCAUUCAUAAUGCUUUCCUAUGGACGCUUGCGUCUUCUCACUAUGAUUUUCACAGUGAGAAGCACGCAAGUGCCUCUAGCGGCUGUCAAGAGACAGCCACUAGAGGCUGGAUUAACCUAUUUAUAAACUGCUAUGUUUAUAAAAAAAAAGGGUUAACCCUAGCUGGACCAGGCACCCAGACCACUUCAUUAAGCUGAAGUGGUCUGGGUGCGUAUAGUGGUCCUUUAAAGGACCACUAUGGUGCCAGGAAAACAUACUCGUUUUCCUGGCAAUAUAGUGCCCUGAGGGUGCCCCCCUGCCGGGCUAUAGGGGGUGGAAGGGGUUAAACUUACCUCUUUCUCCAGCGCCGGGUGGGGGACUCUCCUCCUCCAUAUCGCUGUCAUCGGCUGAAUGCGCAUGCGCGGCAGGAGCCGCGCGCGCAUUCAGCCAGUCCAUAGGAAAGCAUUCACAAUGCUUUCCUAUGGACGCUGGCGUCUUCUCACUGUGAUUUUCACAGUGAGAAGCGCGGAAGCCCUCUAGCGGCUGUCAAUGAGACAGCCACUAGAGGCUGGAUUAACCCUAUUAUAAACAUAGCAGUUUCUCUGAAACUGCUAUGUUUAGAGAAAAAAGGGUUAAACCUAGCUGGACCUGGCACCCAGACCACUUUAUUAAGCUGAAGUGGUCUGGGUGCCAAUAGUGGUCCUUUAACCCAUUAGUGACCAGACUGUUUUUCAAUUUUCUUACCGUUCAGGACCAGGGCUGUUUUUACACUUCUGCAGUGUUUGUAUUUAGCUGUAAUUUUUCUCUUACUCAUUUACUGUACCCGCACAUAUUAUAUACUGUUUUUCUUGCCAUUUAAUGGUCUUUCUAAAGAUACCAUAAUUUUACUAUAAAUUUUUUUAUAAAAUAUGCUGAAAAUGUUUAAAAAAACACUUUUUCUAACUUUGACCCCCAAAAUCUGUUACGCAUCUACACCGCCAAAAAACACCUGUGCUAAAUUUCUAAAUUUUGUCCUCAGUAUAGAAAUACCCAAUGUGGACAUGUUCUUAGUUUUUUUUUGCAAGUUAUAGGGCUAUAAGUACAAGUAGGACAUUGCUGUUUCAAAAUAUAUAUUUUUUAAAUUUAUCAAUAGUGACAUUGUAACACUGUUAUCUGCCAUAAACCUCUGAAUCACACCUCACAUGUACAUAUUUUUUUAAAGUACCCUGUUUUCCCGAAAAUACACCCUACCCCGAAAAUAAGCCCUAGCUGGAUUAUCGGGGUGGGCUGCAAUAUAAGCCCUACCCCGAAAAUAAGACCUAGGCAGGGCCAGCGGCUGCCGGGCCUUUAAAUGCCACAGGCGACUGAGCGCUCUAUAGAGAGCGCUCAGACGGCUGCCGCACUGCCUCACCUCCCCUUCCCUGGAGCUCGGUCACGCUACAGGGAAGAGCAGGUGAGGAGAAGAUUGGAGGGGGGAGGGAGUAUUACAGGAAGAGAGGGAGAGGGAGGGAGGGGGAGAAUAUUACAGGGAGGGAGGGAGAAUAUUACAGGGAGGGAGGAGGGAGAAUAUUACAGGAGGGGGAGAUAUUACAGGGAGGGAGGGGGGAGAAUAUUACAGGGAGGGAGGGGAGAAUAUUACAGGGAGGGGGGAGUAUUACAGGGAGGGAGAGUAUUACAGGGAGGGAGGAGAAUAUUACAGGGAGGGAGGAGAAUAUUACAGGGAGGGAGAGUAUUACAGGGAGGGAGGGGGGAGAAUAUUACAGGGAGGAAGGGGGGAGAAUAUUACAGGGAGGGAGGGGAGAGAGUAUUACAGGGAGGGAGGGGAGAGAGUAUUACAGGGAGGGAGGGAGGGGAGAAUAUUACAGGGAGGGGGAGGUGAGGGUCUCUGGGGGGGUUACACAGCGCGGACACCGGCUGACAGACUGGCUUUAAGCCCUACCCUGAAAAUAAGCCCUAGUGUGUUUUUUGUGACUAAAAUGAAUAUAAGAGAGAAACACGGUAGACAACCCAGGGGAUUCAAUAUGGGGAAUGUCCAGUCUUUAUUAGUAGCCACUUAGUCACAAACACUGGCCAAAGUUAGCAUUUAUAUUUGUUUGUGUGUUAAAAAUGCAAAAAACUAUUAUGAACGCUACAUUUGGCCAUUGUUUGUGACUAAGUGGCUACUAAAAAAGACUGAACAUACCCCAUUUGCAAUACCUUGGGUUGUCUUCUUUUGCAAAUAGUUUGCCAUCAUUGGGGUAAUUCUCAUUCCUGGGCUACCAUACGCUCUCAAAGGCAACACAACCAAUCUGGCAAAUUUUAAUGUGAAAAAAUGGAAAACCAAGCCUUAUAUUUCACUCUGUAACUUUCAAAAACACUAUAAAACCUGUACAUGGGGGGUACUGUUAUACUCAGGAGACUUUGCUGAACACAAAUAUCAGUGUUUCAAAACAAUAAAACGUAUCACAACAUGAUAUAUGAACAAUGAUAUCAUCAGUUAAUUUUUUUUCACUUUUACUGACAAUAUUAUCGCUGUGAUAUGUUCUACUGUUUUAAAACAAACAAAGUCAAACAAAGCAAAGUCUCCUGAGUAAAACAGUACCCCUCAUGUACAGGUUUUAGGGUGUCAUGGAAAGUUACAGUGUUAAAUUCAGUGCUAGCAAAUUAAAUUCUCUUGAUUUUCGGACUGGGUUGUCAGGCAGGUCCCUCAAAUUGGAAUCAAUAUAAUUACUUAAUUAUGUAAAAAUAUUACAUAAAUAUGCACGUAGAAUUUAUAUAUAUAUAUGUAUAUUUAUGAAAUUAUUUAUGUAAUUAUGUAUUUGGCAGUCCCCCUGCAGGCAGAUACACAGAAACCUAUUGCGGCCAUGUGACCACUUUCUAUAUGUGUUUGUUUGUAUGUAUGUAUGUAUGUAUGUAUGUGUGUUUGUAUGUCUGUGUGUCUGUGUGUGUCUGUUUGCCUGUGUGUGUUUGCAUGUCUGUAUGUCUCUCUAUGUGUGUUUAUAUGUAUGUGUCUAUUUGUGUUUGUUUGUGUGUGUGUGUUUGUAUGUAUGUAUGUGUGCCUGUCUUUUUUUGUAUAUGUGUGUGUGUGUUUGUAUGUAUGUGUGUGUGUCUGUAUGUGUAUCUGUUUUUCUGCAUGUGUGUGGGGGCAACGUAUGGGAGGGGGGGAGUAGACUAUUGGGGUGGUAAACGUGUUGGGGGGGCCCCACUGCAGUUUUCACACAGGGCCCUCUGGUUUCUAGUUACAUCUGUGGUAAUAAGCAUUACUGGUAGGGUACCAGCUCCCUUUUUUGGUGAUGGGACUCUCAUGAUUUUGUGCCAGUUACUGCUUGGUGUAAAUGUUUGCCUGGCUGACAACCUCCCCUAAGAUAUCAUCCCCAGGAAGAGAUGUAUAACAUUAAGAGAACUGGUGAGACCAGUUAGUCUACAGUCCAGGAGUGGAAGUGAACUCAGGGAUGUCAAGUGUAAAAACAUUGGGGGGGGGGGGAGGGGGAGGGUAAAGACAGUACUCCAGGUAUGCACAAAUGUAGCUACAGUGUGCAGGGUAGUUUAUAGUAAUUUAUGAUGUGUGGGUUUUCUUUUUUUUUUUGUCGGUGUCAUUAAUUUUUCUCAGUAAGCCUACCUUUUUAAAGAAACAAUACAAGCACCAUAACCACUACAGUUCACUUUAGUGGUUAUGUUGCUUGUGUUGUUCCUUUAGAAACCAUCUAGCCUUUAAGAUUUUGUUAAUAGUCUUAAAUUCUGUUUUAAAAUACACUUAGGAGUGUGUCAUGUGUCCUUAUGUCAUACAUUUUCUCUCAUUGUCUUCUCUCAGCUGAAUCCGUUGAGACAAUUAAGGGACACUGUAGGCACCCAGACCACUUCAGCUCGUUGAAGUGGUCUGGGUGCAAACUCCCAUCACCCUUAACCCUGAGCAUGGAAUUAUUGCAGUUUUUAUAAACUGCAAUAAUUACCUCUGAGGGUUUACUCCUCCUCUAGUGGCUGUCUACAGAUGGUUUUAUAUAGCAUAAUCUGAAUAGCAAUGAUGUUUAUAUAGCCCAUUGGUGGGUGACAACAUAGGUGUUCACACAAGCAUGAAAGGAUACUGUUGAUGUUACAUUCAUACAUGCAUAUUAUCCUUUACUUCAUCCUGACCUAUGCCUGUUGUAGAAGCUGUUUAAACCCUAGGAGUACAAUGUUCAUUCCCCAUACCUGCUCAGCCUUUUAUAUUUCCUAGGCCAGCUCAUCAUAUUGGUCAGAUUAUAAUAAAAAUCACAAUAAAGAAUUAUCUGGAUCUUAAAUAACCACAAGCAAUAAAUAAGAGUGAUAUAUCCAAUCAUCAUAUUUUCUAUCAUCUUUUCCAAUAGAGAAAAUAUAUAUAUUUUGUUCUAAAAGGCCAUCUAAAGACAGGAAACACAUGUUACUUUCACCACUCACUGUCUUUAUGUUAAUACAUUCUUCAUACAUAUGUUGUGUUUUCACAUCUCUGCAGACUUUGCUUUGUGUGACAUUACAGGCCAAAUAUACCAGCUAUUCUCUAAAGUGAGAAUUGUAGGGCUUUCAAAGUGCAUUUCAAAUUAAAGGCCAAGAUAGGAUAAGUGAAAACCAAAAUAUGUCAGCUAUGCAUCCAAAUUGGUUAUUGGCUUUAAAUUUUAACUUCACUUUGAAUUUUUGAAAAUGUUAAUUUUAGUAUCAAUGGUAUUAUUUCCAAUAGCAGUCGUUCUCUUGUGAUAUCAAGCUGGUCUAUUUCCGUGUUGUAGUUUGGGUCAUUUAUUUUUUUGUGAUAUCUCUUGUUCUUUGUUCUCAGUUUCGAGAAAAUGUCAAAGACUUGAUGCCCAAGCUGCCACCUCACCUUCAGGAUGAUUACUUCCUACUUCGCUGGCUGAGAGGUGAGAGCAGUAUAGAGUAGUUAACAAGACACUGUGCGAUAAACAACAAUGCACGUGGGUCCUUGAAAUAAACUUUAUUGCUGUCUGGAAAUGAAAUAACACUGUAAUCUUUGGGCAUCAGCAGAGCCCUUUAGCCCUUGGAGUAUCAGUAGAGCAAUGGGACAAGCUGUAAAAAUUAAUUAACCUACUCAGCCCUGUAAAGAUUCCAAGUAUCUUAAAGCUUUGAGAUACCUUUAUUCUGAGAUCAAAUGUAGAAUAAUCUUUUAUCUUUGUACCAUACAGUGCCUCUUAUACCUAUCAGAUGGGUCUCUUGUCACAAGUGAUAAUUGCUGAAAAAUGCCAUGCUAUGAAAAAACAAUUAAUGAAUAAAGGGUAAUCAUUCACUUGGCACCGAUACUGAUGUUUUAAUAAACUGGCAACCGUGAGCUUUGUGAUAAGAGUUUCUUGUAUUAUUUAAUACAUAUUGCGAUCCCUUGUUUGUUAUAAAAGACUUGUGCAAUAAUAACUCUUAGGGUGAAGUUCAUAUAACUUACCACGAGCAUUAGUUUAUUUCUAACCUUUUCAAUGCCAUGGUUAUAUUUAAUACUUUUCCAAGAGAUGAAAAUAUAGCACUAGAUUUUUAUAUACAUAUAUUUUGUAUAUAGUUAAUCAAGUCUUUAAAUAAAGGAUGGUUUCUAUUUGUUUUGCUCAAUGUGUGUGUCUGUCUGUCUCUAGGUGUGUAUAUUUAUAUACCCUGAGAUGUCAUUUAAGCGGCUCUGUCACUGUGUGUGCUUUUAAUAAGUGCGCAUAAUUUGCAAAGACCCCCAACAGUGACAUCCCUAAUGGGAGCUCGGUGUCCAUGGGCAAAAUUAAGGGUGAGAUUUAUUUACCUUAAACUGUUCCUCACGGGUUCCACCUUCCUCUUCCGUCCGGUCCUCUUUAGCUCCUGCAGCUUCAGCUGCCAGAAGUUGAUGUCAGCGCUAUGCGACAGUACAGCACUGAGGUUUGUGGAGGAUCCUCUAUAGAUAGAGGCUUUUAUCCUAAGUCAUCACUAGUGACAGUUUGGGUAAAUGACAAGCUUGACAAAAGAUAACUCUGCCUUUUGCCAAGCAUUGUCAGGCGUAGGGAAAAUACUUUGACUCAGUAUAUCUUUUGACUGCGUUGCUGUUUCAGAAUUUUGGAAGGGUAAUGCAGGGGAAGGAGGGAGAGAGAAAAAAGAAAAUAUGAUAAUGAUUUUGGGGUGAAAAGCUUGACUAUGGAUAUCUGUGUUUGCAUUUCACUAACCCACUUUCCCUAUCGUCAAAGAGCCCAGUGGGAUCAAGCAAGUGCAAAAGUCAGCCAAGUUGAUGUCUCUGUACAUUUGAUUUAUUUCACACCUUUUAGACAGAUGGAAGAUUUGUCUUCAAUACAAACACUGUCUAGCUCAUGGGAUUGCAAAUUCUUGGCCAAAAUAGCCAAAGUUUUUACCAGUUUGCCUAUUAUUUUGUAAAAAUGGGAAAUUCCUGUGUAAACUAUCUAAAAUUCCCAGGUUGUGCCAUGGCUUGCCCUUGGUACUGAAAGGGUUAGCGAUUAUGCUUUGUGUGUUUGUAAGAUAAUAUCCAUGUAUAAUCUCUGUCUAAUCCCCUCUCCUCCGCCCUCUCUUUCCAGCCCGAAGCUUUAACCUGCAGAAAUCAGAGAGUAUGCUUCGAAAGGUGAGGACUUUAUACUUGCGAUAAUGAUAACAUGGGGAACCUUUAACCCUCUGUUUUCUGCAAGCAAGUCCACAAACUUCAUAAACAGAUACUAUUUAUAGAUAUUUGUACACCAACUGAGCUUUGUACUUCAUUCAUUAAAUUACUUUUGAUACACACUAUAAAAAAACACACCUACGUUCACAAGGACACACAUUUAAUGUGAACAUAUGAUUUUAUAUAUAUAUAUAUAUAUAUAUAUAUAUAUAUAUAUUGCUUAUAUAUUACAUAAAUACAAGUGCUACUUUUACAAAUUAUAACAGCAACUUUUUACUGACUGCUGUGUUUUUUUAAUUUAUUUUUUACUGGUUGAGUUUUUUAGAGCCGCUUAUUGUAUAAUUUUGUAGUGCAUACAUAUAAGUUAAUAUCUUUGUCUUGGCUUAAAGGGACACUAUAGUCACCAGUACAACUACAUGUAUUCCUGACCCUAUAGUGUUAACACCACCAUCUAGCCCCCCCUGGGCCCAUCAUGCCUCCAUAAAUAUAGGCUGUUUGCCCUAAAAAAAAAAAACAGUCUGCUGACAUCAUCAGAAGUUGUAGCCUGAUCCAGUCACAAUGCUUCCCCAUAGGAUUGGCCGAGACUGACAAAGAGGCACAUCAGAGGCAGAGCCAGCAUGAUUCAAACACAGCCCUGGCCAAUCAGCAUCUCCUCAUAGAGAUGAAUUGAAUCAAUGAAUCUCUAUGAGGAAAGUUCAGUGUCUGCAUGCAGUGGGAGGAGAUACUGAAUCACAGGAUGCUCGUGCACAGCAGAUCUGAGUGGAUAGAGGCAUAUUAUGCCUCCAUCAACUCCGAAGUCCCUCUGGUUCACUGUGAAUGACUGCAACUGGAGGUGUUCCUAGCUUUUAAUGUAAACACUGUAUUUUCUCAGAAAAUACAGUGUUUACAUGAGAAAGGCUGCCGGGAGCUAUAGUUCUCACCUGAACAACCUCAUUAAGCUGAAGUUGAUCAGGUGACUAUAGUGUAACCUCAUUCACUUUAACCUCAUUCCAUGGGAGCAGCUAUCUUUAAACACUCUUAGAUUUGAAAAACCACUUAUCAGACCAAGAACCAUGCACAGUAAAAAUGGCUAAAACUGGCUCUUUAAAACUGUGGUUAUUUAAGUUGUACAUGAAAAGCAGGAUUUGAGAAUUUGCACUGUUUCCAGUUUAUCUACAUGGUCUUUGGUCAGGCAAACAAUGCUUCUGAGCAACAAAGUCUUAAAAGGACACUCCACUGCAAGAAAUUAAAUCUCCUGUUUAGUAACUAUAUCCCCAAUAAAAACAUGUAUGCAUUUAAUGGUGCAUUUUUUUAAUUCAGUUAUAUCUAAAAACAUCAAAUAGUGUAAAGUAUAAAAAGGCACUUUUAGUUGUGCAAUUAAUAUUUUAAAAACCAAAAAUAUGUGCAAUAUUAUUUCAGCUGCUAUCCACUAUUAAGUGCUACCUUUCAACUCCUUUAAAAAAAACUCUAAAACACGAAAUAAAAUAAUUUAACCAAUUUUUAAAGUGCUUUGAAACUGUGACAUCCUGAAUAUGUGAACACAGUUAAAACCAUAAAAGGCUUAUUCACUGAACUCUGCAUUGUAGUGAAUGGGAAUCUGAAUGGCAAAGUGUUAAAAAAAAAUUGGUUUUGUCAUUUUUUUGUAGGUGUGUAUGUGAGAGAGAGAUUCAGUGAUGGCUAGGUUCUUUGCAAUAAUUAAAUAACAUGUAUGGCUCUCCCUCAAGUCUCUGUCUUUCCUUGUGUGGCUUCCUAUGUUCUUCUACCUUGAUUUAAUAUUUUUGAAUAAGCCUUCAAAUGAUUUAAUAUUUUUACAAAUAUAUGGAUCUUCUUAUUUACCCUGUGCGUUCUUUUGCAGCAUGUUGAUUUCAGGAAACACAUGGAUUCUGACAAUGUGCUGGAGAACUGGCAGCCUCCAGAGGUGAGCUUGAAUGAAGAAACAAACAUUAUCCCAACUGAUUCCUAUAUCGCCAUCUCUCAAGAAGUGCCAUGUGGUGCCCUAGAUAGCUUUUUUCACCCUGCUGCAGAAAUACUCAGGACUUCUCAUGUGUACCAUCAUAAUUUAUGCUACCAUAGCAAUAUUUAUAAUUGCUGUGCUACAUCAGCCAGUAUAGACAGUGCUUUCUACCUGAAUGACAUAUUGCAAAGUCUUUCUUCCCCUCAUAUUGGUGAUAAGUAGCAUACAAUUGUGUGAACAUUUAACUUUUUUUGUACAUAAUCUUUGGAAGCAUUACAAACUAAGACCAUGAUUUAAAGUGGAACUGUCACUGCUUAGGGUCUUUGCAUAAUUUCCAUAGAUACCACAACUGCUACUCUGCCGCUGGGGAUCCAUGUGCCGGAGGGUGGGAGGUGAGUUUAACUUACCUGAACCUGUCCCUCACAGGUGCCGUCAUUCUUUUAAGGCCAGUCCUCUUCCCCUCCAGGAGUACAUCAAUGAAGUCUGUGGAUCCUCCUUAGACAGAGCCAAUUCCUGAGAAGUUGACAUGUUAUUGCCACAGUAGCAGUAGAAGAGUCAAGCUUAGUCCCUACUUUGUCUCAGAAUAUCUUUGGACUGGGUUGGAAUUUUCUGUGAAAUUCCAACACCGUCAAUAUGAGUAUUUCAUAAAGAUUUUAUCUUUAUGGAAUACUUUUUUUUGCAGGGAGGGGUGACACGGCCGCUUUGAUAAACUUUCUAAACAAUUAAUACAGAAAUUUCCAAUUAAUGUAUCUACAAAAAUUUCCAAAGACUUUAAUGGUGACUUGUGUUAUUAAAUCACCUGUAAAUUUUUCCAACAGUAUUGAAUUAUUUGGAAAGCUUAUUAAAUCAAACCCCAAGUUAAAAAACAAAACGUUAAGUAUUUGUCAGGACACAAAUCUUGCCCACAUUACCUUCUGCAAUGCUGCGUGUUAUCUAAAAUGUUGAGAGCAGUUUUACACUUAAAUGUUGCAGUACGUUAGACUUUGACCCAGAACGACAUUUGUGAGUAUUAUGUUAAAUAAAACAAAAUAUUCUCCGGAGCAUAUUGAAAGGUUGUUUACAGAAGGUCCAUACAGGCUGUGUAAAGCAGGAUUGUGCCUAGCUUGGAUGGCCUGACGUUGAGAAGGUUAUUUGGCUCCUGCCCAGAGCUGCAAAAUCCUCUGAUCUGCCAAUACCCUGUUCUAAACCUGCAAAGAAAGGUGUCAGAUUAGCAAUAAUCCUGAGCUUCACAGUCUUGUGCAGGCUUGUUGAUGUAUGCCAUAUAUAGAUAGAUGGAUAGUUACUAAAUGAAGACAAUGAGAGUCAACCCUCCAUGCUAGACAUGACAUCUCACACUACUAGGUACUAUUGAGCUGUAUUUUCACCCAAUCAGAAGCCGAGAAUUGUGGUCAAACAAACCUGCUCUACACUUACUACAGUGAAUAAACUCAUUCAGGGUUAUUCACUAAAAACAGAAUUCAAAGUGCAUUUCAAAUUAUGGACAAAAUAGCUGAUUUGAACAAACUCUCCAGUUCAGCUGCUCUUUGCCUUAAAUGUUGAAAUUUACUUUGAAUUAAUGACAAACAGAUUUCACAGAUUGCUUUAUUAACACAUUUCAUUCUUCCACACAUAGAUAAUACAGAUUUUAGAUUUAGAUUUACACUCCACGUGGGUAUGUUCCUAUUGUACUGAAUAAUCUGUGAUGUUUUCUGAAGGCUGAACUACCCAACAACUCUUAAUGUAAUUUUGUUUUUUUUCAGGUGGUCCAGAAGUACCUGUCUGGUGGGUUAUGUGGGCAUGAUCGUGAGGGCUGUCCCAUAUGGUAUGAUGUAAUUGGCCCUAUUGACCCCAAAGGUCUUCUAUUCUCAGCUUCUAAGCAGGACCUCAUGAAGACCAAGAUGAGGGACUGUGAGUCAAUGCAUAAAGAGUGUCGUGCUCAAUCAGAGAAGGUGAGAUCACUGAAUGUAACAUUAAACUAGAGCUAUGUAUUUAUUUAGCUCAGCAUUAUUUCAAGGAUAGGUAAAAAGGAUAAUAUAUACAGGAUAAGCAGUAGUAUCAGUUCUACAUAGCGUAUGGAUCUAACAGACAAAAAUAAUCUCAAGAAGACAGUGUAUAUUCAAAAAAAGUACAAUGAGGUAAAGUAAAAAAAAAAGAAGUUUAUUUUAGUAUUUUAAAAGUCAGUUAAACGUGUGCAUGUCACAUCUUUAGCUAACUAAAGCUGGUCAGCUAAACUAUUUUGUCAUAUUUUCAAAAUAAGGUUUUUUUUUAAAAAGGAUCUUCACUUUUUCAAAGUUUUUUUUUUUGUCAAAACAUUUAUAUAUUUUUUUUGAGGUCAAUAAACAAAAUUUGUAUUUAUUGAGAAAUGUGCACACAUGCAGGCCAGUAUAUUUCCAGGUAUAGAUGCCACGGAUCAUAUGGAGUUCAAGAAAUUCCAUAUUAUGCCUGGCAGUUUGGGGUCUUUAUAGAUAAAAUUGUGUUUGUAGCCAAGAUCUGCAUGGAAUAAAACCAGCAUAACCUCGCGGGAAUGAGGAGCCAUCAGGGCUGUUUUAUGGAGCUUUUUGGCCAGUGAUGAUGGUAUAACUUGAUCAUCUUCUGCGUGCAAUAUUAAAAGAGGACUGGAUAGAACUUUAACAUUUUCAUCGUUGGAAAAGACAUUAUUGCUCAAAGCAAAUGUAUCCAGAAGGAAAUAUUCAUACCCGGGGAAUAUGUGGUAAAUUUUCAUAAACGGAUGAUAAGCACCUGCUUCCCGUAUGUUGGUAAAUGGCGCUUCUAGAAUAACCGCAUCCGGUGAGUUCCCCCUUUCUUGGAGCGUUCUGGCUGCAUUCGUUGCUAUUCCGGUGCCCAGGGAAUGCCCCCACAAACAGACAGGGCUCCCGCGGCUCCGAGCUUUCACCCAUUGGUAUAAAUACACAGAGUCCUCCGUCACACCCUCCUCACUCGGUUCUCCGGUGGAAUCGGCAAAACCUCUAUAGUCAAUAGCCAAGACGUGAAAGCCGGAAGCACUGAGAACCUUCAUAAGCUGCACUCGGAAGUCUAAAGCCCUGGUCCCCCCAGUUCCAUGGAGAUAGAUUACGACCGGAUUCUCAUCUGACAGAGCAGCUUCAUACCAGCUCUGGUCCUUGCCUUUUGCCUCUUCUCCCCUGCUGGUGGGCACAGUAUGCCAGACACCCACCGUGAUCCCUUCUUCGGGUGCGAGGUAGAAACUGGUGGUGUGAUUCAGGAUCUCUCCGGGCUGCCUUGUAUCAACAAAAAAUGGCAUCUUCAACAUGUUUAAAUAAACUACCUUGGCGAGCAAUACUGGGAACAGCCUAAUGAUGAAUGGGACGAUAACAUAGACCACGAGAAGACUCAACCCAAAGACUUUCAAACAGGUAAGCCACCAAGAUGAAGAUCUUUUCUUAUUUUUUGAGAAAUGUUUUUUCAUACCAUCUCUAGAUUUUGUGUCCGAGCCUCUGCCAUGUAAUGGGCUUCCAGUGGCCCUUUUAUUUGGAGGAUCCCGCCGUUUCAUGUCUGUGUCCUGGCUUGGCUCUCGGAUAAUGAAUGUAGAAACUCAAAUAGUUCAAAGGAGAAAAAAGAUCCUUACUUCCUCUAUAUUUUUUGCUUCAUCUUUAAUAAGAACACGGCUUGCUUUUAUGACAGUUCUGGAAGGAAAAACAUUUUUCUUUUUAAAUCAGUUUAUGCACUACAUAUUCGUUUUGUUUAAAUAAAUGUUAAUAUGCAUGCCCUUUUCCAAAAAAAUAAACACAUAAAUAAAAAUAUAAUGCACUUUAUGGUGAGUGUAAGUAAGGAAAUAAAACCUUCCAAUGCACCAUCCACCUUAUAACCUUUGCCUAGUAGUUAAGGAUCUGUAACAAGAAGGCCUUGUUUUUGAGUUCAUAUCACACCUGCUGUAGCAUGCAUUACUAUGACGGGUCUUGGUAGGAAUGUGACAGCCACACAGAUGUAGUUAUUCCUGCUUCUGGAAAAAACAUUGUAAGAAGGAGAAUAUGGCAAUAUAGCUGUCCAGAACAAGAUUGGACAUAUCUCCUUUUCCAGAAGGGAGAGUCUCACUAAACAAUAUUUUUUAAAUUGUAUUAAAAUUUUACCUUGCUAUAUCACCCUCUUCCUUAUGUUAGCCCCCCUCUGUGUUACGUUGCACCUUGAGUUGUGUAUUUUGUUCUUAAGGACACCAUAUGCUGUAUUCCAUUCAUUUUCACCUAUAUCUCUCUUCUCCUUUGGCACUUUAAUGAGUGCAGUUCUGCAACUGACCUAUCUUUUAGCUGUUGGGGCCUGUGUGGGGAGUAAGUUAUUUUGGUCAGUAAACUUAGCAACAAUGGCAGCAGCCAGUAGCACUGUCAUUACUUAUGAUCAGUGUAGAGUGUGUCAGGGCAAUAUAUUUCUCUUUUGUUGAUCUGCACAAUGGCAGUGAACCCUUUAGAGGGGCAGGCAUUUUACCCCUUAAUUUCUUUAGUUAUUUGCUUGUCCAGAUGAUCUCUGCUCUUAUUUUCACUGGACCCCCAUAUUCUUCACACACACAAUGGAUGGAGCCAGGAGCCAUAGUGCUUUAAAGAUCAUUGUGUGCACUCUUGUAUGUUUAUUUAAAAGUUGUUGUUUUUAUCCAGGGUAUAGGAAAGAGAUUAAAUGUACCACAACUGUGUAAGCUGCACAGCAUUAACGUAAGAUAUCUGCUGUUUGUUGAGAAUGGAAACGAGCACUCACCAAAUGUAUUAUCCCAACAUUCAGCUCUUUUAGUGAAUAUGAACAUUUACUCAAUUCUAAUUGUAACAUGCGUUUUUUUUUAUCUAUAGACCUCUUAUUUAAGGGUUUCUCUUCCAUGUCAAUGGAAACAAAAAAUAACAAAUGAAACAAAAUGCAUUGCUAAUUAAUUCAUAGAAAAAAUAUAUAAUUUCGAUUUUAGUGUAUAUGUUUAGAAUAAUCAGGUUUGGAUUGUGCUUGAGGCCUGUAGUUCUCCAGUGUGUGUUCUAUAUUGACAGAAACUUUGAUACAGAAAAGCCAACAAGCUCAUGUGAAUUAAGUCAUAUGAGGUACUGUCAGUACAUUUUCACUGAGGAUAAAAAGUUGCCUGUCCCCUGCAGUGUUAUGUGUCACCUCUCACCCGUGUAAAAUGCCUGGGAACAUUUGUAUGAAACGAAAUGCCGGAUGUUUCUGACAGUAUCAUUCAAGUUAUACCGGUUCCUUCAGUUUAUGUAUGGAAUUUAGCAAGGAUUCCACCACUAAUGACUUUGAGAGCCUUCAUGAUAGUGUAGAUGUGAUUGCACUUUGACACUUAUCUCAUUUUCCCCAUUGAACAUACAAAACCGUUUACUAGCAAUUCUCCAGCAAUUCAUAUUUCACAGUUGAAGGAACAUAUCCAUUGUUCUGGGGAUAUAGUAAAAUCCCUCUUCCAGUAGACAUGCUAGUAUAUAAAACAAGUGAUACCGGAUUAAGAAUUGGUCCAUCAUUCAUAAUUGCUUUAGGCCCAUCUUAAGUAUUCUGCUGUAAUAGUUAUCACUACUUCCACCCGAAAAAUAUUCCAGAGACUUGGCACCAGUCUUGUAAAGUAGUAUUUUGCACUUUACCCUUAAAAAGACAUAUUCCUUAAAUAUAUAUUUUCUCCUUUCAAACACAAAAAUGCAAUGGAAUCUUUUAUUCCCACACUUGCUCAUUAUUUCAUGACUUUAUCACUAUAACACGCUGUUGCCUUCUGCUCUUAUCACAUUCUAUAUAUUGUAGCAGGGCUUGACAAAUUUUCUUUGAAUCUAGGAGCCAGCUAAAAAAGUUAAUAGCCAGAUUUUUUUUUAUGUACAAAAGCUUUAUAUUUAACGACAAAAAUACAAUUCUUAUAGGAACACUAUAGUCACCAGGACCACUACCACUUAAUGUAGUGGUUCUGGUGUAUAUAGCCUGUCCCUGCUGGCUUUUCAAUGUAAACACUGCCUUUUCAGAGAGAGGCUUUUAAUGAGAAAAGGCAGUGUUUACAUUGCUUACUAGUGACACCUCUAGUAAACGUCACUCAGACGGUCAAUAGAGGUGCUUCCUGUGUCAGUGCUGCAUAGUGUGCGCUGAACGCUCCCCAUAGAGAUGCAUUGAUUCAAUAAAUCUCUAGGAGGAGAUGCUCAUUGAUGCAAAAUUUAGGAUUGGCUGAGAUCAUCAAGUUUGAUAAUCUCAGCCAUAGAGGCAGGGCAGUCAAGGGGAGACCAGCACAGCGUGGCGAAAAAAAGGUGAAUAAAAAUACAAUUCCCUUGCGAACGGAAGGGGUCUGCCACCUAAACACACACAUCAUGACAUACACACAUAUAACCAUGACAGACAGAAGCACACACACACACCAUGACAGGCACACACACCCUUACAGACACACACACUCCAUGACAGACAUACACAUUUACACAUUGUUUGUUUUAAUAUCUGUGGGGUGCAGUGGGCGACAUGCUGGGGGAUCGUGCAGGCGAGCGGCAUGCUGAAGGAUUAUGGAGGUAGGUGGCAUGCUGGGGGAUCAUGCAGGUGGGGGAUUUUCUAGGAAGACUGCUUGCUGGGUGGUCGUGGAGGCGGGCGGCUAGAUGUGCGUAUUGUUUCUGGCAGCGAGGGAGCUGUGAUGUUUCUGCUCUGCUCCCCCGCGCGCCGCUUAGUGAGAGUGGGGCCGGAAUAUGACAUCAUGGCCCUGGUGUCAUUAAGCUGCGCGUGGGGGAGCAGAGCAGAAACAUCACAGCUCCCUCGCUUCACACCUAAUCGCGCAGCUAGCCGCCUGCCUCCACGACCACCCAGCAAGCCGUCUUCCUAGAAAAUCCCCCAACUUGCCGCUGGCCACACGCCCGGCUUGGAUUUAAGGGGCUCACAUAUCCCAGGCGCAAACGCAAAAUUCCUAUGCGACCUGGCGCAUGGAAUUUGUCGAGCCCUGUAUUGUAGGAUUCAAUGUCGAAAAAAAAAAAAGCUUUCUACAACUAAACCCCAAAUUAUUAGCAAAUACAAAUUCGCAACUUAGUCCCAAUGCUGUGCCAGUGACCUUUACCUGUUGUCUGUUCAUUCUCCCAGAUAAUUAUUGCUUACAAAACCUAUUUGUUGCUUCCCAGUUUCUAUACUCUAACAUCAGUUUGCCCAUUAGUUCCUAGUCUUAAAGGAACACUAUAGGGUCAUGAAUACAAACAUGUAUUCUUGACACUAUAGUGUUAAAACCAUCAUCUAGCCCCCCUUUCCCUCCCUUGACCCUUAAAUAUAGUAAAAUCUUACUUUUGUUCGAGUUUGCAGCUGCUGCCUCUGAUCUGCCUGCUUGGCUGACAUCAUCAAAAGUGUUGUUCUGAGCCAAUCACAAUGCUUUCCCACAGGAUUGGCUUAGGUUGCCAAGGAGGCAGAUCACUGGCAGAGCCAGCACAAUCAAAACAAAGCUCUGGUCACUGAAUCAAUGCAUCUCUAUCAGGAAAGUUCAGUGUCUCUAUGCAGAGGGUGGAGACACUGAAUGGCAGUACUGCACAGUGUGCAUCACUGCCCAAGGAAUCACCUCUAGCAGCCAUCUGAAGAGUGGCCACUGGAGUUAUCACUAGACUAAUGUAAACAUUUCAUUUUCUCUUUAAAGACAGUGUUUACAGCAAAAAGCCUGAAGGUAAUGAUUCUACUCACCAGAACAAAUACAAUAAGCUGUAGUUGUUCUGGUGACUACAGUGUUCCUUUAAAAUGUCUUUUAAAAGCCUCUCUCUAUAGGCACACCCUAAAAAAGCAUCAUCAUUGCAGCUCAGAGUCUUUGAGUGCUGUUUCCUAUUUUUUUGUUUUGUCAAACAAUUUAGAGAAUGCUUUGACAAGAAACAAGGCUCUCCUAGAGACUGCUUAAUCUCCACUUGACUUGCUAAAUGGGAUUUACACGUCUGCGUUACCAAUAUCAAGUCUGUCCAACCAGAAUGCUGUAGUCAUCAAUGCUACAACAGUUCCUUUGCUAACAGUAAUAUACACUAUGAAUGUAUUAUCUGUACAUCCAGCAUCUAUUGAGAGAGCCUGAAUCUGUGGGGCAUAUGUACAUAAGCAUCUGCAGUGGCUUAUGUUAUUAAGCUAUAAUUGUUUCUAUUUCUUCUCCAGCUGGGAAAAAAAGUGGAAGAGGUUGUGAUGAUCUAUGACGUGGAAGGUUUGGGACUGAAGCACUUGUGGAAGCCUGCUGUGGAGCUGUAUGGAGAGGUGAGAUGGUCACUGUGCUUGGAAGUGGAGGCUGGCUUAUUGAUUUAUAGUGAAUCGAUAAUAGAAUAAUCAGACAUAAUAUUUCAAGUUAGUGCGGUUCAGGAUGCAAAUUAGUUGCUGGGGUGACACAAAAGAGAUUAGGUAAAGCUCAAUAUUUUUGUUUUGCUGUUUUUCUUUUCUUUAUUUUUCCACUAGAAUACUGUGCACUUAUUUCCAAAAGCAUGUAGUUCAAAUUAAUUUUGAUAUAGUGCUGUGCAACUUGAAUACAACAAUCUGAAUCUGUGGCAUUACUUACCUCCAACGAGCUGCGCAGACUGCCUCCUGCUGCACAGUCUGACUGCUCCAUGCGGCACACUGAGAGGGACUCACCUCCCUUGAGCUGUGCAGACCUCCUCCUCCUCCUGCGCGGUCUGGCUGAACUACGCAGACGCGCGGCAGGAUGUCUAUAAAUAGAUGUGGACGUGACGUCACGCUCACUCCUAAAGUGACCACGUCAUCAUUGCAAUCCUAAUUUGAUUUUGGUCGCAGUGAUGACGUGGACCUAUCAGAAAUUAGGUAAGCCUAUUUAAGGCUUGUUGUAGCCCCCAUUCAUUGCCCUAUCGUGGUUUCUGUUAGAUCCUCGUUAAGUGCUUCUAGUGAUUCCCUUGUAAUUUCCUGUGUUUGACUUCCCCACCUUGGCUUCGUAUUUGACUCGUGAUUUCUGGUAUCCUGACCCGGCUUUGUCUUGACCGGCUUUUUUAAUCCUGACCUUGAUUUAUCUUGACCCAGUUUCUUGUUGUAUUAAUACGUUAACUCUGGCCAUUCUAAGGCUCGGUAAUACGUCUUUCGGAUCCACCUAUUGAGAGUUUCCCCUUUCCUGCGUGUUGGGGUACGACUCCCGUGCCAGAAUCCUAGAUAAUUUGUACAUUGUAAUCAUCAUUUUAGUAGGAUUUUGACUAGUUAAAGCAGGCCUAUAACUCAAGUGACACAACUGAUUCUUGGUAGCCUUGUUGGCUGUUUUGUAUGCAGGCACUGAGUAUGAGCUUUGUACUCCGUGUGAUGGGAUAGCAUCAUCAGUUGACCUGUACUUUUAAUUAAACUGUAUUGAUUUUGUUGACUGGAAUGCUAACAAACUUAUAUAUUUUGCAAUAAAUCACUAUAAAAAUAGGAUUGCAAGCCUUGGCUAUCAGUCUGUUCAGUGACAUUGAAUUGAGUGUUAGGAGAGAGCAAGAAAGCUCUCCUAUAUUGAAAGUGCUGUAGUUGCUGUGCUUCGUCUUGCGAGAUAUAUUGCAUCUUGAUAAAGGAAUAUAUGUUGCAGUGAUUGGGAAGGUGUGCCCUACUUGGAAAGGUGUUCUCAUAUAGGGCAAUCGUGUAGAAAGGUGGCAGGAUGUAUGUGAUUUUAGAAAUGUAAAACAUAUGAAGACUUCUCUAUUUAUAAAUGCAAAUAUGUCUGGCUUAGUAGAAAACUUUUUUUAUGCUUCUGUUAUGCUGUGGGGAUAUUUAUGGGAUAAUAAUAGUAAACAGUUGAGAAUUGCCCACUAAUUCAAUUCUCAGAUCCCAAAGAACGUUUAUCGUGUUAAGUGGAAUGUAUUUCAUAUAAUUAAUAUCACAAUGUAUAAAAAUAGAUUUUUAUUUAUGAUGACAAAUUAAUUAAUAAUAACAUGUAACAUGCAUGACAAUAAUCAAUGAAUAUCCAGUAUAAAAUGAUAUGCAAUACAAAGGAAUGGGUAUUACGUUUCAAUGGCUAAAUAGCAUUUCCUGUCAAGAAUUCUGACGAUUUAUGAGGUAUCCUUACACAGAUUGAAAGUGAAACUUUUCACACAGAGAACAGAAUUCCUCAGAGUGCAGCGUAAGGUCGUAAAGUUUAGCUGACAGUUAGAAUAACCCUUUCAAUGCUGGCUAGAUCUCCUAGGUAAUUAAGAUCUAUUCUUAUGUAAUUUUUAAAUAAAAUAACAUUUAAACCAGUUCAUUAGUCAUUUUCUGAAACCAUCCAAUAAGAGAAUCUACCACAUUAUAUAAGCAGAUUUUUAAUUUGUCUAAAAGAUAUCUAUCUUAAUUUAGAGCAAAUCAAUACACCUGGAUAAAAACAGCGGUAUGCUAACACGUGAUAAUAUCACAUCAAUAUAUAAUUAUUCUUAAUUCCACCUGCAGAAUGGAAUGUUUAUAACUAUAUAUUCUUAGUUAACUAAGAUUUCUUAAUAUGGAAAUCUGACCGUGCUUUAUCCAGUCAUAUAUAAUACUAUUAAUACAUUUUAAUUAAUUUAAUUUAAUUAAAUGAAACCAGUAUAAUUACCAGUUGAGUAGAUAUUUCAUCCGAUUGGUAGUCUCAGGAACUUAUUUGGAUGUCUCUCUGCAUGGAGGUUGGAGUCCCCAAACUUCCAAUUCCUCUCUCCUCUCCUUUGCAUCUCUUGCAUACCCUUCCAUCUUCCCUUUGUCUUAACUUUUAAAGGGCCAGACUCUCUGUACGUCAUCAGUUGAUAACCCAAUAGAAGCACUAGAGGUGUGGUUAUCUUCCAGAUCGCAAAUUAGUUAUUUGGUCUGUAGAGGGCAGUCUUGUCCCACUAAACAUACCUAUCCAGGAAAGAGUUAACUUUUCCUGGUGGCUAUUUUGACGUCAUUUUGGCCUAUCUAGAUAGUGGCUAUAACUUACGUAUCCUUCAAAGAUCAAAGGGUUCUUUAAGUUUUGUCCAGACUAUGUGUCUGCAAAUCUGAUAUAAUUUCUGAUAUGGCAGAUCAUGAACUAAGUUUACCCUUUUCCAUACAAUGGUACCUUAUAUAUAUAUAUAGACAGUUAAAUUUUAUUAUUUAAUCUUCUCUGUCACAAUUGUCUGGGUUUAGAUUUGAUUAUAUUCUUCUUAUCACUUGUUUAUACUAUGCUAUGCAUUCCUUAGCUCUGGCAAAGAGGCCAGUCUUACAGAAAGAAAUCCUGCGUCUCUUUGUUAACUUGAAAUAACAAAAUGGAGUCUGGUCUGUUCAGAGUGACUCAGAAUAUACACUUUUAGUUUCUAUCAUAGCACAAGAUGUCUGCCGAUAUAAAUACCCUGACAAUGCACAGUUAGUUAGCUAAUUCCAUGACAACAUAGAUCUGCUAUGUCAAGUACCAGAGAGCACCUUCUUGUUACCAUGCAUAGGAAUUUCCUGUAUUCUGAUAUCUCCUGCUAAGGCAGAAUAGCUGCAUGUUAAAUCUGACAACGUGUCCGAACAGCUUGUAUGUACUAAGCUCUUUAGUUUAUCAAUAAAACUAUUAACUCUGCACUAACUAUAUCAUUUUAUCACAGAAUGCAUCUAACUAUAUCUCAUUGUGUAUAAAAUCUAUGCAUGUGCUCUAAGAUCACCAUAAAUACACCAUGUAUGUUAUUUUGUGGAUGUAAAUAUUGUAGUUCUGAAAGAGCAAGGUAUUUUGUCCUAUCAGUAAGAGCAUGGUUUUGGUGUUUGUUUUUUCUUUUCAGAACACCAAACAGAUGCCAUCAUAAAGUUGGGAUAAUCGCAUGGCAAAAUAUUAGACAAUAUCUUGCUCAUCUUUUCUCCUGUGUAUGUGUUACUGUGUCUCUUAUUCUCUUUUGUGGGUUCAUCACAAACCUGCUUAUUGCUGCAGUUUAAUUAUAGACUUCACUGUGUUAUUACGGGAGAUGGUGAAUAUUCUUUGCAAGUAAGCCAGUUGUCACUUGCAGUGUGUUACAUUUUUGUGUGUAUCUGCAGGCUGGCUGUGAAAUGUUUGGAUUGUCUGGAGAUCGAUGUUGAUAUUAUGUAGAGGAGGCUGUAUCUGGAUGGGAGUUUUGGACCUUACUUACAAGUUGGGAAUUAAUAUGAAGUUGUUGAUUUUUAGGUCCUGCAGAUGUUUGAAGAUAACUAUCCAGAGGCCCUGAAGAGAUUAUUUGUGAUAAAAGGUGAGAAUAUGUACACAAGCAGCUCAUGCACACACAUACAAAAACAUCUUUCUAUCCACGUUUCGCUAACCUAUUUUCUCUUGGUUACUCAGCACCCAAGCUUUUCCCAGUGGCAUACAACCUUAUCAAGCAUUUCUUGAGUGAGGACACUCGCAGGAAGAUCAUCGUAGUUGGGGGUAGGUAAUGGUGGAAUACGUGCCAGGAAGAUUCAAGUAGAUCAUUUGGAAAAAGUAGCUAGAUUCUCAUUACAUGAUUUUCAUUGGUAGGAAAAUGGGGGAAAAAAUUAAAUACCUGGAACUAAUGCAACUGGUUUUGGGGUUUAAUGACAAAACUUUAUUUUCAGCUUUAAGUUGUUAGCCCAGCUUUUCAUGUUAUCUUUGCCUAUAUUACACUAUAUUAUUCUCCAUUACACUAUGGUAGAUGAUCUCAGUGUGCUAUUUCAAUAUAUACAUAAACCUACACUGAUCAGCCACAAUAUUAAAACCACUGACAAGAGAAGUGAACAACAUUGAUUUUAUAGUUACAACAGCAUCUAUCAAGGGGUGGGAUAUGUUAGACAGCAAGUGAACAAUUAGUUCUUGAAUUGCAUAUGUUGGAAGCCAGAAAAGGGGCAAGCAAAAAGAUUUUGACAAGGGCCAAAUAGUGAUGGCUAAACGAUUGGGUCAGAGCAUCUUCAAAACAGCAAGUCUUGUGGGGUGUUUCCUGAUAUGCAUUGAUUAGUGCCUACCAAAAGUGGUACAAGGAAGGACAACCUGUGAGCUGGCAUCACGAUUAUGGGCAUCCAAGGCUCAUUAAUGCACGUGGGUUGGCAAAGGAAAGCCCAUUUGGUUCAACCACACAGAAGAGCUUCUGUAGCUCAAAUUGCUGAAAAAGUUAAUGCUUUCCACGAUAGAAAGGUGUCAGGACACUCAUCGCAGCUUGCUGCAUAUGAGGCUACGUAGCAGCAGACUGAUCAAAGUGCCUAUACCAAAACCUGUUCACGACUGCAAGCACCUUCAAUGGGGAUGUGAGCUUUAGAGCUGGACCGUGGAGCAAUGGAAAAAUGUUGCCUGGUCUGAUAAAUCACAUUUUGUGGGGGAAAGGGGGGGUGUGCAUUAUUUACCUGUUAAAGAAGUGGCAGCAUAAUGCACUAUGGGAAGAAGGCAGGCCAGCAGGGGCAGUGUUAUACUGUGGACAAUGUUCUGCUGGGGAUUAGCAUUCAUGUGGAUGUUCCCCUUACACAUGUCACCUACGUAGAGAGUGUUGCAGACCACGUACACCUUCAUGGCAAUGGUAUUCCCUCAUGGCAAUUGUUUAGGAACAUAGCAAAGAGUUCAAGGUGUUGCCUUGGCCUCCAAAUUCCCCGGAUCUAAAUUCAAAUGAGCAUUUGUGGGAUGGGCUGGAAUAACAAAUCUGCCCCAACUUGCAACCUGCAGGACAUAAAGAAUCUGCUGCCGGUGUCUUGGUGCCAGAUACCAGAGGACACAUUCAGAGGUCUUGUGGAGUCUAUGCCUCCAUGAAUCAGACCUGUUUUGCCAGCACAAGUAGGACCUCCACAAUAUUAGGCAGGUGGUUUUAAUGUUGUGGCUGAUCAGUGUAUACUCCUUUAUCAUACUUCAGGGGUAUAGGAUUUUUAUAUGUGUCAUAGGCAAAAGGUUUUAGCGGUGUGUUCAACACACUGAGUACUAAUGUUUUGGGCACACCUCUUACUCUCAAAGAGUUAAUUGGACUGGAUUAAAUGAACACUGUAGGCACUGUGACCAUUUCAUCUCAUUCGAUUAGUUAUAGUGCCUGGAGUCCCCUUGUGCUGUCCCUUCAUUCAGUGUUGAAUGAAGUUCGAGCAUUUUACCACUAAAUAAGGGCACCUGGCCACCCACAGCACAGCCCAUACUGGAGAGAUGGCUUUGGCAGAAUUAUACAUAUCCUAGCCAUACGAAUUCACUACAUGAAACUGGUCAGGUGACACUGUUUGCUAAUUGCAGCCUAUCCAUUGCUGCUCAGACAAAUGCUUCCUCAUUAGCCCAACAGUACAGAAAGGAUGGGCUGCCGUGGACUCUCAUUUAACAUUAAAAAAAGUUUUACACUGAACAUUAGGACAGUGCUAGUGGACUUAAUAUACUAUAACCACAUCAAUGAGCUGAAGUUGUUACAAUUCCUACAGGAUCCCUUUAAAUUCAGUGUGACAUCUGUGAAUGAUCCUAGUGGUCAAGAACACAUACUUCUCUAAAUAUGCCCAAUAUUUAAAAUCCUGAUGGCCUAUUCUGGUACUUAAAGAAUUAGUAUUGCAUCUAAUUUUCAAUUGGUUUCUUCCAGAUAACUGGCAAGAAGUACUUCAAAAAUACAUACCUCCAGAGGAAAUACCUAAAUAUUAUGGUGGAACCCUAACUGAUCCAGAUGGUGACCCAAAAUGUAAAUCCAAGGUGCAGUACACUAGUCUUGCACGUUUACAAGAAAACUGUGGUCACUGUUUUUGUUAAACUAAUUAUAUCAUGAAAUAAGAGCAAUAUAAGCAGCAGUAAACUAAGGGACCGUUAAUGAGAAAAGACAACAUCCAGUGUUGGAAAAGAAAAUCCUUCACUGGGGUUGGUAAGGUUGUAGGGUAUUAGGGCAUAACCCAAGGGAUAUAGCAUAGAAAAGGAAGAGACUGAACUGGGGUUACAAAGAGAUCCUCCCAGAAAUCAGUCCCUAUACCCUGAAUUAAAGCUGUUCAUUAGUCUAAGGCAGCCACUUGCCAGUGUAGAACAUAAAUGAAAUAUAUAGAAAAUAAUAAACUUUUAUUAGCCCCUCUUCUGCAUAUAGAACUAGGAGGGGGUACGGGUAUGGGCUUAUAGGGUUUAUUAGGCCCUACACACACACUUUUUCUUUACCCUCAGAUGGUUAGAUUCAGCUACAGAGCAUCGAUCGAUCUAGGUUCUUUACCUAGAUUGGCUGACCGUUAGGGAUUUAGUUCAUACCUUAUAUGUCUCCACGUUACUAUAAGAGUGGGAUAUGCUAUUGAGCAUUACAAACAAAUAACCAUAUGAAGUAUUUUGCUGCCUAUCAUCCUAACUAUUAGAUCAAACAAACGGCUUAGAUUCUUAUAAUACUUUUCUAUCCCCCCGGCUGUAGUUUACCCCUAACUUAUACACUUGGAUGCAAUUAAUAGGUACACUAAGUAAAGAGACACUGUUGCAACAAACAUUAAGAGCAACAAGUUAUCUCAAUUAGUACUAAAAAGAAUCCUUUUGAUGUGUUGUAUAUACUACAGAUUUAGCAGAUCAGCAGACGUACCUUUUGUACAUAUUUAUUUUAUUUCACUGUAUAUAGUAAUUCACUUUUGUUUUAUUCACUCCUUAAGAGGGGCUAAUAAAAGUUUAUUAUUUUCUAUAUAUUUCAUUUAUGUUCUACACUGGCAAGUGGCUGCCUUAGACUAAUGAACAGCUUUAAUUCAGGGUAUAGGGACUGAUUUCUGGGAGGAUCUCUUGGUAACCCCAGUUCAGUCUCUUCCUUUUCUAAGGGACCGUUAAUGUUAGUGUUCAUUGAGAGUAGCAGGCUCAUUUACCAUGUUUCCUGUAUUCACUUCAGAUUCCUGCAUGUUCCAGCAUCUUAUUGGCUGCCCUUCUCUGAUUUCCUAUCGUUGAGGGCAGCAGUCUUUUAAUUUACAUAUACACUUUAUUUGGCUUAAAAGGACCACUAUAGUGCCAGGAAAACAAACUUGUUUUCCUGGCACUAAGGUGUUAAUAGGUCCCCCCCCCACCCUCAUGGCCCCCCCUUCCGCUGGGCUCAAGAGGGGUUAAACACUUACCUUUCUCCAGCGCCGGGCUCCCCCGGUGCUGGGGACUCUCCUCCCUCUUCCGACGUCAUCCAACGCAUGUGCAGCAAGAGCCGCAUGCGCAUUCAAUCAGUCCAUAGGAAAGCAUUUCUCAAUGCUUUCCUAUGGAAAGCAGCGUCUUCUCACUGUGGAAGCGCCUCUAGCGGCUGUCAGUGAGACAGCCACUAGAGGCUGCAUUAACCCUAAUGAAACUGCUAUGUUUACAGCUGCAGGUUUAACACUAGAUGGACCUGGCACCCAGACCACUUAAUUGAGCUGAAAUGGUCUGGGUGCCUAUAGUGGUCCUUAAACAAGGAAUAAGAUUUUGGAAUGUGUAUUAAAACAUCUAAUCAAGCAUAUUAUCUGUUAAUUUAGAGAAGUUUUACUUACCCAUUUUUUACACUUUAAAAGGUUGUUUUCUAAGGGUACCUGUAGCCUUGAAAAUAACAAUUGGGUUUUCUUCUAUUGCUGUAACCACUGUCCACCCCUUCCUGUUAAACAUGCAUGCUAACAUCUUCUUCGAUCUUGUCCAAACCAAAAAAUAAAUAUUCUAAAUGCUAAAUAUUGUUCCAGGAGAUCUUGGACUUUUAUAUUAUUGUCAGGGUCAAUAGACAUCCCUGUAAAACUGUGUGAUUCUUUAGGGAUGCUGGCGAGAGAGCGUCGUUGUCAAGAAGCCAGCCAGCUUCAGUAUUUUUAAAGUUUUAAUCCAGAAAUGGUUUAUGGAAUGAGUACCAUCAAUUUUGGUAAUAGUAUUUAGAAUCAUACAUGUAAAACCCACCAUAGACAGAACUAAAAAUGUCAGUUACACAUGACGUCUGGAAUAGUUAAAUUUAAGAACAAAAAAAUUAUAACCUAAAUGCGAUCCACGGUCAGUAAAUUAUUAUUUUAAUAUGUAGAACUAUGGCUGAUCCAAAAUGUCACUCAUUGACCUCAAGGGAUUGGUCCUGCCCCAAUUUCCAAGUCCUUAAAUAUGUUUUAUUCAUGUAGAUUGAAAGAACAUUUGAAGAAACACAGUCACAUAUACCAGCAGUAUAUGUAGAGUAGUGCUCACUCUACUCCUUUCCUAGAUUGUGUACGAAAUAAUGUACAUAAGUUACUAGAAAGAGAGUUGGAGGAGGUGUACUGCUUGCCAAAUGUGACGGCUUUUUCUUUUUCCACUAUGUUCAUAUGUUGUUCUAAUCUACGUGAACAAAUGUAUGCUUUUUUUCCACCUGUUGGAAUAACAGUUACAACCCAGAAGUGAUGGGAAACAUUUUAAAUGGUCAGUGUUCAAACAAUAUUCAUUGUUUAUUAUAAUUAUUGCAGAUAAAUUAUGGAGGAGAUAUUCCUAAAACGUACUAUGUGCGCGAUCAAGUGCAGCAGAACUAUGAGCACACUGUGACCAUCAACAGAGGCUCCAGCCAACAGACAGAAUAUGAGAUUCUCUUUCCUGGAUGUGUCCUCCGGUGAGUAUACUAAUAAUGUCAAAUUGGAUAUGUGAUCUGUAGGCGAGGAUAUUUUAUAUCAUAAGCUGAUAGGUGGAGCUGUGGGGACCCUGCAUGGAGCAAGUGACAUGAUAGAGUAGCAAGGUGCAAAGGUGAAAAAUGGAGGUAGAAGUAGGGUAAGUGACAUGGAGGAAAACAAAGUAAUGGAGAGGGCAGAAUACAAGCAUAGAGAAACAAUGGGCAAGUGACAUGGAUAUAUGGAAAGUUAUAUCAAGGGGUGGAGGUAAGUCAAGUGAUAUGGGGGAAAAUUGUGACAUGAAGGUGAGGUUUGGCAGGAACCCUUAACAUGAGAUAGGCUAUUAUUACUGAUAUAUAAAUAAGUUAGGUCAGGUGAAAAAAAUAGUUAAGGUAGGGAGGAAUAAUAAUGUUAAUAUGCAUGAUUAAAUUAAGUAGAAAAGGCAAAUAUUAUGAACGUAAACCCAAUUCUGUGUGUCUAUCAUUCCAUGACAGGUUCAAUAUAUUACAUUUAUUUUGCUUAAAGGAACACUAUAGUGUUAGGAAUACAAACAUUUAUUCCUAACACUAUAGUCCAGGAGUGGCUGUUUAGGUGACAGGCCCCCUCACAGGUCGGAGUGAAAAGGUAUUUAAACUUACCGUUUCUCCCUCGCCAUGCCUCCAUGGCUGAGAUCAAUCAAUCUUGAUCAUCUCAGCCAAUCCAAUGCUUUCCGAUAGGAAAACGCCACGCUGCGCCAACUAGCAUCUCCUCGUGAGAAUUAAUGCAUCUCUAAGGGUAGCGUUUAGCAUCUCAAUACAGAGUGUAGAGACUCUGAACGUAGGUGUUGCACAGCGUGCAGCAAUGAGAUCGGAAGCACCUCUAGUGGCCGUCUGAGUGACUGCACCUAGAGGUGUUACUAGGCAGCAGUGUAAGUACUGCCUUUUCUCUGAAAGGUAGCACUUACAUUAAAAAAAUUGCAUGGGCCGGCUAUAGACACCAGAACAACUACAUUAAGCUGUAGUAAUUUUGAUGUAGUAAAACAAGUAAGGUGUGCAACAAAAAGGGACCUUUUUUUUUUUUUAACUGCUCUAAGAUCACUUAAUCCUUAAUCUGACUUUGCUGGCAGCACAUUCAUUUUGUAACAUGAUCUUCUCAAUUAUCCAGGUGGCAAUUCCAAUCUGAUGGUGCAGACAUUGGUUUUGGGGUAUACCGCAAGACAAAAGCAGGGGAGAGACAGAAAGCAGGGGAAAUGAUUGAGGUACUACCAAAUCAGAGAUACAACGCCCACAUGGUACCAGAGGAUGGAACCCUGACAUGUGCUGAUCCUGGCACCUGUAAGUAUUAAUUUUUUUGCUAUAUUAACAAUAUUGCACUGCACAUAAGGCUACUAUUUUUCUGUACCUAUGUCUGUAUUUUUAAUAAUACUUUCAGUAUUUUUCACAUCACGUCAUAUAGAAAAUGUUUUCUUGAAGCACAAUGUCCAACCGUGUAUUUGCUCAUCCCUGUGUAAGCGAUGUGUGUGCUUUGUUUUUCUAUCACCUGAUAAUACCUUUGCAUUAAUUGAUAAAGCACAAAAUAUUUUUAGAUUUAUAAAAUAUCACACAGAUUGUAAAUUAUAUGCGGCAGUCCAAUUCAGCAUGUGCCGGAUUUCUGCCUACUAAAUGAGAAUAUAUUAAUCAAAUAUUCGUAUUUUUUUAUUUGUGUAAUGAGGUUCUGAAGCAGUGUCAAUAUUUCCUUUUUUUUCUGCAGUGUGCCUUAUAGUGAGUGUAAUUUUGAUCCUUACUGUUAAAGGAAUUAUGUUUGUUAUGCAACCAUUGAACGCAGUGUGGAAGGUUCUCACAAAGAACGUACCUACAUCUGCUCACAGUGUGUUCAAGCUCUGUUCUUUUUACCUUCUAGAUGUUCUUCGCUUUGAUAACACAUACAGCUUUAUUCAUGCCAAGAAGAUUGGCUACACUGUGGAGGUCCUGCUGCCUGAUCGCAGUUCCGAGGAAAAGAUAGAGCAGCUAGAAAAGAAGAUGGAGAGUAGCCUCAGCCUCUAAAGUAACCAUUAAGGAUGGAUUCUUCUCUCAAAAACGAUUACAAGGUCCCAAAAUGCAAUGUUUCCAUAUGACAUACAUGCAACAUGUUAAACGGUUUAUAGGUUUGAGUGCCCUGCAUUUGGUUAUUUUGUGACUGAAGUAAGACAUUCAGAAAUCCUUUUAUCCCUCUUUGUUCCUGAGUGGCCUACUUUGAAAUCAGAGACUACAAGGCCAAGUGACAAAUUAUUAAUAGUUAUCUCUUAAUGAACAGGUGAUACAUGAAGAUAGGUGAAGGCUGUUAUAAUACAAAUUACAUUUUCAUACUUGAAUGGCUGUGAGAUAAGGUACUACCCAGUCACUCUGCUUAGAACGCUCUUUAACCUUACAGUGUACCUUGUGUUGUUUACCGUUAUUCUGUAAUACAAAGUGAACCACGUUCUAGAAUUAGUUUUUAAAAAUCUAGGAAAUGUCCAAUUUGUAUCCAAGAAUCCAUAACUGGUGUUAUCCACAGAGAACCUUGUUCACCUUAGCACCCCUGGUAUUAUAAUGUUCUGUGUGAUAUUUCAGGUAAAAGUUGGCUCUUUAGCUAUUGAUUUGCACUGCCCGUGAACCUUGGUAAGAUUAUACCAGGCUAGCUGACAUAGGAGUUUAAUUUAAAGAAUAGUCAGAUAGUUCCAGGAUUCAAGCUACUGAAAUAUAUUAACAUGUGUUCAGGAGUUCAGUAAGAGCCAAAGAGCCACUAAAUGUUAGUUGGGUUCUGCAAUAGUGAGUGAGAUCAUUUCUGUUUACUUGACAGGCGUGCAGUCUUCUUUGAGAUGUAAUAUAUAUGUAUUUACUGUUAAAGAAACAGUAACACUCAAAGAGCACGUUUAGUGCACGCCAAAUAUGUAUGUAAAAAGUUAUAAAAUGUGCAUAUGUUUACUGCCAUCAAUAACAUUAUACAGACUGUAGCAGACUGGGAGCUGCCAUUAAUUUAAUCACAUAUGUGAAUUUUCUAGAUGCCAACCAUGCUUUAUUGGCUGCAAAUGGAAGCCUCCAAAAAUCAAAAUACAGAUUUGCUUUCUGCUUAUUUUUGUCUCCUCUUUCCUAGUAGAAUGCAUAAUGAUAAUACCUGUUUUCUGUAAUAUCCAGGGAUCUUUGCAGGAGUAAAAUACACAGUCACUACGUCCCAUAGAUUUGCGUGCAAAGUGGUCUUAGUGUGUAAUUUUAUACUAACACUAUUUAUACCAAAGUAUAAAUACUACUAACAUCUUACUAUGUUCUAGUGCAGACUUCUUCACAGUUAGUUAUAUUCUGCCUGUGUAAACUAGCUUUCAUAAACUUUAUUUCAGCAGCUCCCAGCCUUGUACUAAUCUGUACGAUCAGCAUCCUAGCAAACCAUUGGUAUCAUUAUGUAUAAAAUGCAUGAUGUCAAUGGGUGUUUUAAUCUCGUCUAGCAGUGGCUUUGGAUUCAUCCUUCAGUACAUUGCAACAGGUCAGAAACCUUUAUUCUAAUUGACAUCAUAGGAAUGCAAAUUUACUUAUACGUGAGACACAUUCAUACUACACAUAGGCUUAAUUAAUGGGCUUUAUUCCUGUAUGGUGCUCACAGUAUAUUGGGACUGGGCAGCAAAUGUUUCUGUGUAGUGUGUCUGUGGUUAUGUGGUCAAAAAAAGUAGACCUGAAAUUGCAUGUUGGUUCUCAGUUUUUUUUGUUUUUUUUCCCCUUGAGUCUAUCUUUGUGUUUUACAAGAUCUCAAUGAUACUUUGAAGUUUGGGUUUGCAAAGCUUGUACUAUGUAAAAUAUAGAAAUUGCUGGGAGUUGCUGAGUGCAAGUCUCCAUAAAAACAAACUUUGCACAACACCAUAGAGUGGGGAAAAAAGAAACCUUUCUGCAACACGAAAAAGCACUCUGAAACGUAAGCAGACAAAUUCAAAUGUAAUAUCCCCCCCUCUUCCUCAAAAAUUAGUUUCAUAAAGAUAAAAUCUUUAUUAAAAAUGACUCACAUUGACAGUCACAGUCAAAGAUAUACUAAGAAAAAAAGUCUUCGUAUAUUUCCUACACUUGUCAAAAAGGCAGAGCUACCACCAUCACUAAUGACAGCUCCAGGAAAAAACGAGACAUUGUCUGUGGAGAGUCUCACGGAAUCCUCCGUAGGCCUCAGUGUUGUAUGAUAGUACAGCAAUGACAUGGGCUACAGGCAGAUGAAGUGCCAGUAGCUGAAAAGGACCAGCAGGAAGGCCAUAAGGGCAGCCACAAGGGACACGUUCAGCUAAGUAAAACUCACCUUCCACUGCACACCGCAGCCAAAGACCACCCAGUGGAGCAGUCCCCUUCCGUUGGCAGGCCCGCUUUAAACGUUAUACAUAAAAAUACAAAAAGCUUGGCUCCUUUCUGCAUACAAAUAUAUAACUAAAUACAAUGUCACAUUCCUUAUGUUUUAAAAGGUACAAAAUGUGCUUGAGUGUUAGGAAUAGGUAUUUUAGAUAUAGUUCUCCUUUAAUUAGAAUGCGGUGAUCAGUUUUUUUAUGAUUUUCCUUGAUACGCAUAAGACAAAUUUUAUAGCACUAAAAUUAUAAGAAAAUGAAGAGACUAAUGGGGCAGAGUUGUUUUUAAUGAAAGCAAUUGGUGUUGAAUUCCACUGCUUUUCUAGGUAAAUAAGACUAACUUAGAGAAUUGUGAGUUUAAUUAAAAAAAGUAAUAUAUAAUUUUAAGUAUUCCUGUUGUGCCUCCUGUUUUGCCAUCCUUAAUACCCAUGUGCUGUUUUGAAGUUUGUUAUAAUUUUUUAUGAUUUUGAAUAAAGCUGCUUCCAAAAUAUUUUGUGUUUUUUCUUUGAUAACUGCAUGGAACAUGUUUU